GCAGGAAGCACACUUGGUUGAAUGACUCCAGAAGCAGCAAUUCAGCGGUAAAUAUGUUGUGAUGCCACGCUCCAAACAGACACCGAGCGUAAUAUUCGAGCCUGCGGGAGCGCACCGUGGCACCUGAGGGGGACACUUCAUGACACGCCGCCGCUGUGUUUUCCUCUGCGGAUUGUCUGCGCGUGGACUGUGGCUGCAAAUCAAAUCAGGAGCCGCUCUCUGGGGGAUUGAGCAGUGAUGGACAGCUGUUGGACAUCGAUUCCUUGCAGAGGUUGGCGAUAAAUUGACCUUUACUGCUCCGAUAUGGACCAAGAAGCCGCUGUUCGUUGCUGCCGCGGGAGAGGAGGAUGAGGAGGAGGAGAAGGAGCGGCUGAGUUGUCUUCCUCCGCUUCCAUCAGCCAGCGCAAGCGUGCAUGUGCGAGGGUCGUGAUGAUGCUUUUCGGCCAGCCGUGCAGGCUCCAACACAGGUGCACAGGGAUAAAUCAGCUCCAUCAACAUGAUUCACCUCUUCUCCUUCCCUCUACCUCGGUCUUUUCAGCAGGAAACGCGUCUGCAGAUGUAACGGGGACCGCAGCGUAAUUGAUGAUGUUGUGCUGUGAUCUGCGGGGACUAUCUGCGUUGUGUAAUGGUUUUAUUUCAUCUGGAGCGCGCGCUGCCGUGCAACCUCUCCACGGAUGGUUGUUAAUUGGGCCCAAUGAUGUAGAGCCAAGUCCACCUGGAUCUAAUGUUCCCUCCUCUAGCGGUGAAACGGGCUCCCCUGUGACUUUUGCGCAAUUGUUUUUAUUCCCACAGCUAUUCACUCCUCCUGGUUAUUGCCUCGGGUUAUCCCGUUUCUGUUUUUUCAAUGAUCCUAAAUUGAUUCCGCCUCUUACAGCGUGAAAUCAAACCGCAAAAGUUUGUGGCUUCUGGCUCAGGAUCUCAGCUGACUCUUAAUGGCCUCCAGAUAGCUUCCGGACAUUAUUUUUCGCUGGAUUAAACUUUCCCUGCAGUGUUUUUGUUCUUUUACUGCCUCCUUUUAUCCACUAUGUCCAGAUCAAACAGUGUCAGCCCACCCGGAAUCGGUGCGCCCGGGCUGAGGGGAGGGACCGAGCACAGAUCAGCUUGGGGAGAGUCUGAGUCUGUGGCCAACGGGUGCCCAUACUCAGCCAGAUCGCCGCGCAAGAAGCUCACCCGGACCAACAGUCGGUGGAGGGACGAGGAUGAUCUGGACCACCGGCAGCCCGGCAGAGCCUCCACCACUGUCAGCAGGGUCAGCUUCAGGUCCAGGUCGGCUUGGCAGGACCAUGGCGAGGAGAGUAAAGACAACAAACGCGCGUCCCCGAAGCGCCCAGACGACGAGGUGAGACCCAAGUCCGUGGAGCUGGGUCUGGACGAGCGCAGAGCCAAACCGAGGAGCGACGAGGAGGAGGUCAUGCCAGAAGUUAACUUUUCUUUGGUGGCGUGCUGCACCAGCAUCAUGCACGUCUUCAAAUCCAAGAAAUUCCAGUCGGAAAAGUUGGAGCGGCUCUACCAGCGCUACUUUUUCCGCCUCAACCAGAGCAGUCUGACCAUGCUCAUGGCCGUGCUGGUGCUGGUCUUCACGGUCAUGCUGGGCUUCCACUGCUCCGGUGGCUCGGGGAUGCCGAGCAUAACGUACAUGGUGGUCUUUUCCGUGGCCAUCUUCCUCACACUUGUUCUCAUGGUGGUCUGCAACAGGAACGCGUUUCACCAGGACCAUAUGUGGAUUGUGUGCUAUGUGGUCAUCCUGGUGGUGCUCGUGAUCCAGGUGAUUGGAGUGCUGUUCGUGCAGCCUAGAAGUGCCUCAGAGGGGAUUUGGUGGACCGUGUUCUUCAUCCAUGUCAUCUACACUCUGCUGCCCGUCAGGAUGCGCGCGGCAGUCAUCACUGGAGUUAUUCUUUCUGCUAUCCACGUGGCUGUUUCUUGGAUGUUAAACGGGAUGGACAGCUUCGUCUGGAAACAGGUACGUAGAGAAAUGAUGGCAAAGUUUUUAGUGAUCCGCGCAGAGAGCCUGAACUCCACGCUCUGCUGUGCGCAAUAACGCACAGCAGAACUUGGGCACUUCGUUUGAGCUUUUCCGAUGUUGCUUCUUGUUUUCAUGUGUAACAGACAAGAUCAUAAGCUGUUUCUUUAAUGGAUUUGGUUUUAAGUAGCUGGUGCUUUUACCAGAUCAACUGAGCAGAGCUGUAUUAUAGCCUUCAGAAAAGUUUAGAGGGACAGGGACAGAAAGGGAAAGGGCACAAUCUCCACCAUGCAAUGCAUAGUAAAUUACUCUUUCGAGCCCAGUCUGCCUGUGUGUAAUUCAUCAUGUCAAAAGUAAAAAGAAUCACUAAGUUUCAGGGAGAAUGGUUUUAGAGGCAGUUGAAUGCAGCCACAAAGAGAAAUAAUGAUGAAAGGCCUUUUUGCAACUUGUUUCAAGUUGAAACUCCUCAGAUGUGGUCCAAGCUACAUUGUUUGAAGCAUGGGACCUUUUUGAACUGGCUUUUUUUUAAAAGGCAGAAUGACAUUGUUCUUGGCCAUCAAAAGUAGUGAGUACUGUAGAGGUCGGCUGAUGAGAGGUAAGCAAAGAAGAAGCCGGGUAAAGCAGGAGACAUUUAGAAGAUAUUCUGAGACGACCGGGAAUGUUUCUGAUGAUCAGUUCUGUAAUUUUGCCAUUAGUUCUUCUGUAGUACAUAAUGUCUUUUUUUAUUUAAUAUUUAAAGCUCCAAUUAGAUGUUUUUGAUACUGAUAAUAUGGACUGAAUUUAAAUAGAUGCAUUUUGAUUUUAUUCAAAAACAAAUGAGUACAAACUGAAGUAAGAUUGACAUAACUUUAGCUGCCUUAAAACUGGUCUGAGAGGGUAGGUGUUUCAAAGAAGACUAGCUUUUAGUGGUUCAAGCAGAACUGUAAAUCGCAACUGUCCGACUACCUUAGGUGUCAGAAAAAAACUCAGAAAACAGUCGACAUUUAGCAAAAUUUAUCUAAUACAGCCUAACAUAGGUUAAACAAUGUCAAACUGAUUUGCUGAGUAUGCCUAACACUAGCAGAACUAGCACCAUCAGCCUUUAAUCCUUCUUGUAGGUUAAUGUCCACAUAGGCUACUUGUGCGUGCUAUUAUUUUCUGACUCAUUGAUGUCUGUCAACACAGUUGAGAUUAGCUGGUACUGAGGAUCAGCUGAUACAUUGAUGCAUUUUGAUUGGAUAUAAGGGUAAUAAAUACAUGGAAAAACUUCAGUGGGUGUUCACAACUUCUUAGGAAGCUGGAGCAUUCAAUCAUGAAGACACUUCUCUGUUAUGGCAUAAAACCUUAAUGAAUCAAAAUAAUGUGGAAAUAUAAAAGCAUCCAUGCAAAAUAUCUUUGUACGUGUAAUUUUGAAACUUAGUGUAGAGAGGAACUUGAGGCUUUGGGAUUCUAUGUAGCUGCUGGUUACCAUGGAAACUGUAUCAGCUGGCUGGUUUCUCCUUAGGCAUGCAGACAAGAUGACCACAUGUGAUGCUCAAGUGUAUCUUUACAGGCUGCUGUCAGAUUUAACCUGAUGUAGGAGUUUCUCUCUCUCUUUUUUAUUGUCAAAUGUGUGCUCAAGUUUGUUAAUGCUGACCAAAAGUAUGUGGAGAGCUUCUCCUUUAUUGUUGUGUCCCUGUCAGAGACUUUGAACCGGCAUGAACAAUAUGAAUCUGAAAUUUUUUUACUCCAUUUUUGACUUUUUAAUUCAUAAUUCUUAAGAAAGGGUUUAAUAUACCGCCAACAUGAAGCCUGUAUUCUGCCUCUUAAAGAUGACUUUAAACACGACUUCUAACCAUAUAAAUCUUCCAUUUUUAGGACUGAUUAUUUCAUUAGAAACUACUAUAAAAUGCAUGAAAUCCAAGCCAUUGAAGGGAAGAGAAAGGUGUUUGCUCUUGGCUUUGGAAAGUCUCUUUUCUGGUAGUUUGUUUUACUUCAUCAGAGCAUAAAAUGAGCUUACAGUCAAACAUUUCAGGGGAUACUGUUUUCAAUGUGCAGCUGAGCUACAUUUUCCUCAUAAAACCCAAAUGCCUCUGGUAGUAUUUUUACAACAUCAAUAUUACUUUGAAAACGUUUCUCCAGGGGCUGCAGGAGUUAGUUUGUAAUAAAAGGUGCUCACACAAAUGGGUUUAAUUUUCCACUAUUAGUUAAAGAUACACUUAAUUGCUCCGUCUGCUGGGAGCUACAACUCAGGAUUGUAAAACCCAGGCUCUAUGUUGUGCGUUUGUGUGCGUUCUUUUGUCUGGUGACUUGGUUUCUCCUUUUCAGCUUCAUUGUUUUGGCCGUUUACUGCAUUAGCUGUUCUUAAAGGCCUUGUGCUGCUCAUAAAGCUUAGCCUCCCUAGACUCGGUGCAUUUAUAAAGACUUCAGAAUGAAUGUAAAGCUAUGGUAGUUUCUCAUUGCUAAUGGCCGUGUGUUAACAUCUCAAGAGAUGGUAAAGCUCAGAAGAGAUAUUGUUGGAAUUGUGAAUCAUUCUGUAGUGCACAAACGCUGCACACUUGCUUAAUCAAGAACUUUUUGUUCUUUUAGACUGGUACUGUUUUUUGUGAGCUGGAUUUGGUCAUAUUGAGGACAUCUUUAACUCAGUGGCACACAUCAAUACUCAGGACAAGCAGUACAGUGCAAAAGAAUUAAUUCUUACAUAAGUUUUUUGGUAAAGAAAACUUGACAAAAGGAGCUUCUUGUCCUCAAGUAGAACCUGACUGCGAGCCAUUGCUAACUAUUCCUAAUAUUACCUACUGUAGCUCCAUCAAGUGUUUCUGUUUUCACUCUCAAUAGGGGGCGAUACAUUAAAGUUAGCAUAACUUGCAUGGUGCGCAAACUUAGCUUCUGAGUGACAUGUUAUCAGCAAAUUGCUUGAUUAUAUUAAAAUGUAUCAUUAACAGCCAGUGGUGCAGCAGGGACAGUUGGACAUUUCAGUGCAGAGUUAGCAAAUGCAGCACAUCAGCAAAAUGACGUGGAAGAGAAAAUAGUCCUCUUGAGAGCUUUGACCAUCCUAUGAAUGCACGAUAGUGGUGAUAAUCGUGAAACAGCAGUUAUCACUCAGACUGUAUUUGUACCAUCAAAGUCUCUAACUGUAGCACUUCCAAUCUGAACAGUGUAUUUUAGAUUUGCAAUAACUUGGGAAAACCCCUCUCUGAGUCAACUGUAUGGUGGGACAAUGCUUUCAGGAUUUGCAAAAAGGCUGGCUCAAAAUGGCUCCUUGAUAGAAUAAAGUUAUGUAUAGAACAAUAUACAGUGAGCAGGUGGUUAUGCAAAUUAUAAUCCUGACAUGGCGAGCAGGAUCCUGACAUAUUAUUUCUGGACACUUUGGUAAGAGAUACUCUUGCUAUGCAAACUAGUUGCAUCGUAAGUGUACUGUAAACUACCCGUCUUCCUAGAGGAUACCUCUAGAGGGCACAUCAGAGUGUUCAGGCCAUAUGCAACAAGUGGCAGAUAACAAGAGAUGUAAACAAGAUGGAUGACAGGACUCACAGAUGUUGCUGUUGAGUCAGUUCAGGGUUUUGACGACCCAGUGAAGAAACAUUUGAUCCAGCUUGGAUGACUGGUGGACGGACUACACCAUCAGCACUGCUGCCCCUCUAGUUUUUUCAACAUUUCCUCUGAACAGAAAAGUCCUGGACCUGUUUCCAUUUGGCUCUGCAGGUUUCCAUGUACGGCUUCUGUAAUAUACAGGUAUUGAUGAUGUUCAUUGGAGCUUGUGCCUAAUCGGGUGACUAAUCAGUUGAAUGUUUAUACUUUCUAACCGUUCUUGUAACUUACAAUCUACCAGAAGUAGCAAACUUCAAAAUAAAAGGAUAGAUUUAUAGUGCAGGGAAUAAAGCAACCAAAGCUAGGGUUAAAAAUCAAUCACUGUUACAGAGUUCGGAUGAAUCAGAGUCCAACUUUAAACACAGACUGGAAAUGACAAGAAUUAACGCACAGGAAGAAAACUGUUUGUUUUGAAGUGAAAUGUUAAAUAAUUAUACAUUUUCUUUUCUGUAUGUGCUUUUUGCUGUUUCUUGAUAAAAGUACUGAGUGUGUUCUGAAGUCUUGGAGAGGCUUUCAAGUGAGCUAUACAACAGAAGGCAGUAAGCUCCAGAAAUAAGGGAAAGAAAAUGUCCCUGCUCUAUCUGGGCCAUCAGUACUGGAUCCAACUUUAGACUGAACAUUAAGUUACAAACCUCUUAAAGCCCAUUAAAGUGCUGAACAUGAAGACUCUUAAUCUUUCUGACUUAUAACUACCUCUUCAGUCAUCAUCCCAGUGCAAAGAAUGUGUUCAGCACCGGAAAAGGAAGUCCAUUUAAUAUUUUUUUUCUAGUCUUUUGUUUCUUUUGGGAUUCUGAUGUUUGGUUAUCUAAGCAGAAAGCACCCUGAUAGUUUAGUUUUUCUCCGUGAAUGGCAUGUGACCCUGCAUCUAUUUGUGCUGAAGCUGCGUUGUCAUUCGAUGUGUUGAUGUGAGUGUGUGGGAACGAGCUGCUGUAUUUGUUGUUCUUUGCUCACCAUGCUGUUGUUUUUAGCAUAUCUGUUCCCCCUGUUUACAGAGGACCCUGCUCGGCUCUCUGCGCGACCACCGCUGUUUAUGUGAGAUCCCAAGAUAAUGCUCUUUCUUAUGCUUCAACUCAACUCUUAGCAAAAUGUAGAGGUUUGCAAGGCCUUUGACUUUGGUGACCUUUGCUUAUAUUAGCCUGAACAACUUAGCGGAAAUUAUUUCCAUGCAAUUCAAGGAUCAGCUUUCUAACUUUUAAUAUUCGUUUUUGUCAUUUUCCGUUUGUGUUUGCAUAAUAAAACAGAUAAGACUCAUGAUGAGGACUGGACUUGGACACAGUUAAUAAGGAUUGGACUCAGACUCAGACAGAAGUAAUGAGGACUGGACUCAGACUUGGACGCAGGUAGUGGGGAUUUACUUGGACCUGGAUACAAGUACUGAGGCACUACUUGGACUGGAACUCGGGUAUUAAUGACUCAGCUUGGACUCUGCCACAGGUUAUUAGACUUGACUUGCACUUAGAAACAGGUAACAAGGACUAAACAAAAGUAAUGAAAACUAGACUCAGACUUGGACAAAGGUGAUAAGGGCUAGACUCGACCACAGGUAACAGGGGCUCAACAGAGACCUGGAGAAUGGUUAUUAGACUAGGGUGACCAUAUGUCCUCUUUUACCUGGAUGUGUCCUCUUUUUGGGGGGCUGUUCGGCCUGUCCAGGGGAGUUUACAAAAUCCUUCAACAUUGUCCAGGAUUUUUCAUGGACGCUUUGAAUUUGUGUAGUGUGGACUAACUGAUUUAGAAGCAGGUAGAAAAAAAGGACUCAACCUGAAAGACCCUCAAAAUUGUGUGCAUGACUUCGCCCUGUUUCCUCUUUCUGGGGAAUCUGGAAUAUGGAAUAUUUAGAAUAUGGUCACCCUAAAUUAGGCUCAACUUGGACUUGGACAUAGGUAGUUAGGAGGAAUGGACUCAGCUACAGGUAACAGGAGCUCAACUUAGACCCAGACUCAGGUAACAAGGACUGGACUUGAAUUGGACAAAGGCAAUGAGGACAGUCCUUGGAUAUGGGUCAUCGGGGUUCACCUUAGACACAUGGAAUGAGACUUUACCUGUACUCAAACACAGGUAAUAAGGACUGGACUUGGACAUGGAUAAUGGGGCCAUGGCUCAGACUUGACUUAAAUUUCUCUCUUGUUAUGGACUAGACUUAGACUUGAACACUGAGGACUUGGUGCAACAGUGUGGAGCUUACGGUAUUAAAGUACUGAUUAUCAUAUGUCAUAGACUGUAUGCAGAAUAGACAACGUCUGCCUUCUUGUUGGGCGGAGCCACUCUGAGAACAUCCCCUUCUGGUGACAGGCUGCAGUAUAGGUCAUAAAUCCCACCUCCGCCAGCAAAGCUUUUGGAGAAUGCUGCUGCGCAAUGUUGGUUUUAGGAAAUGAAGAAAAAUGCAGAAUUACAGAGAGCUUUUUGGCUUCAAAUCUGUACACUGGCAGAAGGUGGAACCAAGUUGUCCAUACAGUCUAUGGUAUAUGUCCAUUGACUUUUAGACCCAUUUUGGACUGCUGAAAAUCUUGCUCAACAUUACUAACACCUUAACUCCACAACAAUCAUAAUGUCCCCAUGUUGUUCUUUUCAGUCAAAGGAGCAUACACACUGAAGUUAGUAUGAUGAUGAUCAGUCUAUGUGCUGCAGUUUGUUUGAAACGACCAGCAUCAGAUUCCUGCACGGAGCUGAUAUCUGCGUAAUGUUUGCUAAACUUGGCUGCAGUUUGUUACAUCUGAGGCUCAGAGCUUGCAUCAUUGCGGGCAGGUUUUAUGAGGAUAAGGACUCAGGACAUGAUGCAGGAAAAGGAUUCUUCUUGUCCUCCGGCUAUUUUUGACCUUUCCCAGUAACCCAGAAAGGUUUUGAAGGGUCAGGACUCAGUGAGGAUAGAUUCAUUGAUUGAAAGGUCAGUCUAGAGAUGACGUGGGUAAAACAGGGUUAUGAAUAUGCUUUAGACCUCUGGGCUACAUUAAACUACAGUUUCAACCGCAUUAGAUUAUGUUUAAAAAUCAUGCUAUGAAAACAUCUUGGGUAAGGUUAGGUAAGUUAGAAAACUCACUGUUUUUUAUAACCCUAUAAACAUGGUCCCCCAGUAGAUGUGGGAGAUCACUGACAGCGGGGCAUUCACACUCUGGUAUUAACUUUAAAUCCUGUUUAUUGCCAUUUUGCUCUUUGACCUAACAAAACCCUUUAACCUUUGUGUGUCUGAAACAAUACUCAUAAAUCUUGUUGCAUACCCUGCUCUGGUUUCAAAACAAAUAUGUAAAAAGAAAAGAAUGUAAAGAGAAAAAAACAUCUCCAGCAUGCUAACAUAGUUCUCACUGGCAGACUUCAUCAGCAAAGUGUUUUUGUUUUGAUAAUGAUUAUGAUGAAAUGGGCAAUUACAACCCGAAUACAAACAAAAAACACAGCGUCAGAAAUAAUAAAAAGUACCCAUGUAAGCACUGUACUCAUGCUUAGUUUCAAGGGUUAGAAAUGCUGGAUGUGUCCACAGCUUUCAGACAACAACAACUCAUCAACCCACUUUGAUAUGGGUCUUCAAUUCUGUUUUAACUUCAGGUUUGUACUUUAAAUGAAGCAUCAGACAUCUUAGUUACUCCUCUGAUGAGUUGCUUGUGUCUGCAGACCUUGACAGUGCAGAUUCAGGGCUGCAUUUUUGGGACUGCAAUUCUAACGCGUUGUUUGCAUAGAUAUGAACAUACUCACUGACGUCGCCUAUAGUUUUCUUCCUAUUGGGAAACGCUGAGUCAACCUAACUUUUCAUCGACCUACUGUGAGGUAGAGUGAUUGCCACCUGACAUCGAGACAGAGUGUUUUAUUCUGAGUAGUAACCAGAUGUGUAAGUGCUGUUUUAGUGUCUGACUUCCUGACUUGCUCUUGGCUGGAUUGAUGCGUGGUGCUCCAUCAAAAUAAAAGUGCAUUUCUGCUGCUGCGGAGGGCUCCGUCUUGCUGAAGCUGUGAUGGAACGGAAACUGACUAAAUAUAGAUCUGGUAGAAGUUUCCAGUAACUCUAACUGUUGCAACCACUCAAGGGUCCCGGAGAUGUGGUCCACAAACUGCAGCCUCUUGCUCUGCAGACACACGAUACUGCCUCUGAUGGAGCAUUAAGGUGGAGUUUGUGUUGGUCUUGGAAAUUCUUAUCAGGAAAAGCACAAUCUGUUUCAUUCUCAGAGAUCUGGAUCCAUCAAUCCGUCCCUACUUUAAUUCGCAUGAUUCCCACAACAGAGGUCAAAAUCUAAAUGUGCUGAAGGAACUUUGAACUUCUGAGUGACUCCCUGAGUAUUUUUCCUGGGAUUUUCCUGCAUCCCCUCUCUUCUGCCUCCUCUCCAUUUUCACGGAGGAGUGCAUAUAAGCAGAGCAGUAGCAGUUGGCAGGAUUCCAGAGGUAACAGGGUUUUCUGCUUGUCUAAUUGAAUUGCCUGUUGCUCUAAAUGUGUGGAAACUCAAAACAGAUGUCCAUAUGAUCUCCCCUCCCUCUUACCUGCCUCCUUAAACCUCUUCCCUCUGUGAUCCUGACCUGCUUCUAGUCAUGCAUUUAAUUUCCCUGUUAGACCCGACCCCUGUGGACGGACUUUUAACCACUUCCCUCCCCCCUUCAGGAUGAGCUUCAUGGACUCCAGUGUGAUGAGCUGGAUAUUAUCCUGGGGGAAACUGUCCACAUCAGAACGAAACAUCAGAUGUGUUUCGUCCCUCCCCUUUGGCGAUGUUCAGAUUUAUAGUUUCAGCUGCUGUUGACUCCAUUUAAUCAUCUCUUAGAAUCUGAACACCCAGCGGCCAAACAGUGUGACAGAGGAUGCUGCUGUUUUGGAGAUCAUAUUUGAACCGAACAUGGAUGCAGGGCAAAGCAUGAGUACCUUUCAGAAACCACUGGUGACGCAUUCCCCUGUGAGUCCACAAAACUGCUCAGUAUUCCUGUAACUUAGCAACAGAAUCUAUUUUAUAAACACCAUCCAACUCCUCUCCUGGCCUCCCUGGGAGCACCUGCGUGUUUUUUUUAUUAUCUCCAGCUCUGGACCACCUGCUCAUCACUUUGUAUAUUCACUUCCAUUGAAACUAAUAUUUUUAGGAGAAUGCUUUUUUGAUUGUCCCUUUUUGUCGUGUUGCUCAUCUCUGAACAUAGUAUGCACAAUGUGGACAGGUUUUUAGAAACCUGGGAAAUAUAUUAAUAUACAACAGUUUAUGAGAGUUGGACUGACAAUUUGGUCACAGUUUUUAGGCCACUUUUAGACAGAAACGGUCUCCAUAGAAAACAGAAAAAUUAAGUUUCGUUUAGGGGGGUCUGUUUAGACGGCAACUGCGUUUACAGGGGAUGAAAACGUAACAAAGUGAAAACCCCCUUCAGAGUGGAAAUGUUGUAAAUGCUCUGCUAGUCCCGCUGUCGUCUAAAGUACGAAAACGCUGAAAAUGGUCAAACCUGUGACGCCAUGGCUCACCUCGGCUCAUGUUUAUGACAUCAUAGCCAUGCGUAGCUUCCUUGAAAAUAACAACAACAACCAUGCUAGACAUUUGAGUCACGCUGUCGUUAUUAUUGAACGGGAAGGAGCUCAAUUUCGACCGGUACAGAAUCCUCACAGAUCAUACUGCUCAGCAGAGGAGGCGUCUGAAAUAUUUGCAUCAAAUAAUUAAUGUAGAACGGAAGUUGUUCUAUGUAUGCGUUGUUGGUCUAUAUGGGAGCGCGGUCACACCGACAUGCGCCACCUAGCGACCUGGCAUGCACAUUACAGCGUUUUCAACCACAUUGCAUUUUUGUGUAAACACAGCAUAAAAACUGAAAACGAAACUGCACUUUUCCGUUUUCUAUGAAGAACGUUUCCGUCUAAAAGUGGCCUUAAAUGAGUUUCUCUUUGCAGGGGAAGUGGGCAAUGUAAUCAGGAAAGGUUGAAGUUUGUUAACUGGCCUCCUUUUUAACUUUUACUUUCUUUAUUUUUCCUGUUAUGGCACAUUUAAACCCCAUAACAUAAAAACGAAAACUAUGCUCUCAUUUUUGAAAACAUGGAAGAUUGUGAGUUAUAAAUCUAAAAGAAAAAUGUUUAAAAGAAUUAGAAAGUAUAUAUGUUUGAUUAAGUAGUAGCACAAAGAGGGACAAGGACAAACUGCAUGUAGCUUUACAAUAAAUCCUGGAGGUUUAAUUAUAAAAGUCUCUAAUUAUUUCUUAAAGAGCUGCUUUCAGGCCAGUUCAUAGUCUGCUGCUUCUUCCUUCUUCUUCCUUUGUCCUCCAUUUAAUGGCAUGUGACGACCUUCAUGAAGGACCUCUUUCUUUCAACCUAACAAUCAAUUUACAUGAUUUUUUGCACACAGCAUAUUGGCUUUUCCACUCAGAGCCCCUUUGCACUUUCCCCUUACCUUAAACCUAUCGUACAGCAUGGUGCAAAGCAUGCAGUGCAUUGUUGCUUUGCACCUCAGAUACUCAUCAAUUUAAUGCCCAGCAUAGGGAGAAUAGCAAAAGAAUCUAUACUCAUGUUAGCACCCAUGAUGUUUUGAUGUCUGUGUAUUUCUGUAAUCAUGCUCAGAUUGUUUGUUGAAAUUUAAAGCUGAUGGAUAGUUUACUGUCUCACAUCGAUGCCUUUCUCUUGGAGUCUGCACAGCAACACACCGCUGCUGGCUCUCAUUUCUUCAUCAUGCUCACCCGACCCUCAUCAACUUUAAUUAGUUUGUGUGCUACGUAGGAAUUCAGACUUGUGGUGACGUUAUUUUUGCAGGGGGAAUUAUAAAUGAUUGUGAUACACAUCUUUAAUAUGUGAUUAUUCUUCCACUGUGGUGACUCCUCAGAGAGCGCGGAGUGUAAUAAUGUGAUAGUGCUUGUUGCUGGACUGAGCCGUCAGUGAUGAUUAUCAUUGUUAUUGCUGUAGUGGGCUUUGCUUUGGAACUAAAUAUUCCUGUGAAUCUUGUGCUUUCUGAGUAAAGCAGGGCGCACACUACAAAAUAAUUGUGCUGAUUGUGUGUCUGAUCUCCUCUUCUAACAAAAAUCAGCAAAAGCCUGAUUAUCAGAUGGUUCUGAAGAUUAUCACUCAGAUUAUCCUGUGGUGUGAGAUGUGCGGAGAGAGAUUUUUCUUUCCUCUGAUUGGCGCAAAAGACAAUCGGACUUGGAAUCAUAAAUAUGAAAAAUGUUCAAUAUUUAUUAGGGAUGUUGGAUUAUAUCGGCCUGCAUCUAAAAUCUCUGAUAUCAGCACUCUGAUACAAGGAGUCCAUUCCAGACUCCACUCCAGCACCUCUAUCUAGCAGCACCCGGAUCCAGCAUGUAGAGCCCACGUAAUCACAACAACAGUGUAUACUGUAUUAAGGUACUAACAAAGUAGCAAGGAGUAGGAGUGUUGUUGGCCGUGUGGCAGUAAAUUUCAUCUAAGCCCAAAAAAGACAUUGUAGCUGAGUGCAAAACUUGUCAUGCACAAUAUUGUGCCAAUAUCGGAUCAAUAUUGGUAUUGGCUAAUAUAGAAAGCAACAAUGUCGGUAUCAUAUCAGAAGUAAAAAAGUUGUAUCCAGACACCCCUAAUAUUUAUGACCAGAAAUCUUUUUGAGCGGGGGGAUCUCUGCAGACAGCCGAUCACGCGCUCUGUCCAUUGUGACCUGGAACAAUUCAAUAGCCAACCAGGAGGUGAGCUGACCAAAGCAGGAAAUACAACCAUGGCAUUUACAGAUCAGUUAGCAUUACUUUUAUUUCAUGUGUUUUAAUACGGAAGGAAGAAAUGCACAGCUUUUUACAAAGGUCUUGGACACGAUAUUUUUUUUUGUAGGAUGGUAAGGCAAGGUCCCGCCUCCUUCGCCUCUGAUUAGCUAGAAAAGCUGGGCUCCCAUUGGUUAUUCCUUAUGGCUGUGAAAGUCAUCACACCCUCAAGCCGAGCGCGGGCUAUCCUCUGUACAUCGAACAGAACAUUAUCGUAAUUCUGAAUCUUCUAACCCUAACCAGUUAGACAAUGACGUUUCACAGCCGAAAGUAAUAAUCUGAGCCCAGCACUUCUAGCCAAAAACAUUGCGUCCAGGACAGGUGUACACCAUGAUCAGAGUUAGCAGGGUUUAAACUUUUUAUAGCAGGCUGGGUUCAGGUUGACUUUAGCCUUGAAGAAAAAUAACACCCCACUCAUUCUUCCUACUUAAGCCUAUUUAGCAUUGCAGUGAGCGUACCAAUGAUCCGAGCCUGCUUUUGAUCUGAUGCCCACAAAGAGAAUAAACAUGACCGAAACAAACACUGGUUGCUUUUUGAUGCACAGGUCAACACAAAAUCUGUGUAAACAAGAGUUGUAACAAUAUCAGAGCUUUACCUCAAGGUUGUCAUGGCCAGGUCGAUAUCACAUAAUGACAUUAUUGUGAUAUUUGUAAAAGACUUCUCUGUACAUACUCUGUUUUUUUGUCCAGAUUGGAAAAUUAAUCUAUAAUUCUGAGUCAACAGCUUGUGUGAAAAUCCUCUUUUUUGAUUCAGUUAGAAUAGAAUGAGUGUUUUGUGCCUGUAAACAGUUAUUUUUGAUGUAAAUGGUUUCGUUCAAAUCGUUUGUCUGGUUUCCACUCAGCAGUAAUAGCAGGUUUGUUUUUUCCAGAUAACCCAUUAUCAUGUCUGUGAUCGUUCUCUCUAAGUGUUUGAAAAUCGAAAGCGUUUGCUUCAUGGCCGUGUGUUUAUGAGCUUUGCUGUGUCAUAUUUCUGCACUUUUAUUAUUUCAUUUUUUUUUAGCCUCGUGUUUUAAGCAGCACUAUUAAACAUUUUCCCUUCAGCUUAAUCAUGAGAUAUGGUGGUUUCUCCCUCAGGACUGAGCUUAACAACAUUGCAGUUAGUUCAUUGUGUGAUAUGAUAAACUUUCAGCAGCUAAAUCAGGCAGCAGAAUCAAAUAUUAACUAUGAGAUUACAAAAUCAUCUCACAAUAAUCUUCUUACCAAAUACUGUGGCUGUUUAGACACUGUAGAGAAGGCAGUUUUGAUUUCUUUUGUCCAUAGAAAAUCAUUGCAACACAUUUUCAGAGACACGUUUUUUGGCACGUUUGCAUUCAUCGUUACCCUCCAUUAACCAUCAUUGAGAACUACAUAUGAUUUAUAGACUGUGCCCUUUUAGAAGACAUGUUCUGUGAGCCUCCACCAGGUAAGGGCAGGGGGUCAGAUUUGUUCAAGGCUACUUGCUUCAAAGACCAUAGCCUUUGAUUUACUGGAGCUAAAUCCCUUACUGCUCUGCCCAGACAGCUGAGCAUGGCAUCUGACCAAAACAGACCAAAAGCUUUCAAUUAGCGUUGCCAGCCAACAACACAAAUUACAAAACUUUGCUCAAUGAAUACAUAAACCAUCACAGAUUACCUUCUUUUUGAUGGAUUGGAUCCAGUCCAGACACUCCCUGAAAAUAUACUCAUCUCCUCUGUGGGACAGGAAAGCCCCUGGAUGUUGGAGAAACACAGAGUUUAUUGCCAGGAAGCUGCAGCUCUCAUGAAGCAAGUGAAUUUACCGUAAAUUGUCAUACCGCUCUAUUUUUAAAGCUGUUAUUGUAUGCACAACAAUUCUAUGCUUCAUAAGACAGCGAUUGGUCCUCCAUCCACCAUAUCUAACAGGUCAACAGGGUGAAUUUGUUGAAACUGGGUCUUAUUUGGAACCAGUUUUCGAUUCCCAUCUCAACUGGUUAAUCAGUCUCCUUCUGCUAAUACAGCUUCUUCUAGGUUUUACCUUGUUUUAUGAUGGGUAUUAACCAGGCUAAAGAACUACUGCAGCCCUCUACGAUUAACCCUCACAAACUGUUCGGGUCAAAUUUGACACGUUUUGACUUUUAACAGCAGUAAAAAUACCCUAAACAUCAUUCUUUAAGCCUGAAACUUGAUGACUUUUCCUGAAGUAGCCCAAAAUACAUGAAAUUAAUUAAAAAAUAUUCAUGUGUAUUUUUGUUGCUACAGAUUUUUCCCCUCUGAGGCUGUUGCGGGUCAAAUUUGACCUGUAUCUAUUGGGACAAGUGACAAGCAGUGAGAACAGUGUUCAAUAUAAAAUUUAUUGUUCAAUAAAAAAUAUUCAAAUUAUUAUGAUUUUUAUAUUCUUUUAUUUCUUACAUAAUAUUACAUGACAUUAUCCUGUGGAAUAGAUAUUCUUCUCCAAAAUCUAUAUUUAACUAAAAACAAGUGGUGUUAAACCGUAAAAAAAUACACUUUCCCUGCUCUUUGGAACAUUUACGAAGGGCUAAUCAAUAAUUUUUUGAAGUAGCAUGGGUCAUUUAAACAUUAUGAAAAGGUUUGGGGUUAGAAGUUUGGUGAAAACACUUGCUACAUGGGAAAUUCUUGUGCUGGGUCAAUUUUGACCCGGAACAUACUGUGAGGGUACAGGAUUUAUACAGUAUGUGAGGGUUAACAACAGUAUGCUUCAUUUUAGAACAUUUUAGAACAAUAUUGGUGUGUUAAAAACCCUAAUGAUUACUAAUACUGCAAAAAAAACCAAACAAACAAACAAACAAAAAAAACGUAUUUGUUUUGGGCAGUUUUGAUUUCUAAAUCACACUUUCUGUUAAAAAUCCUAAAGAUUUCUGUGUUAGAAGAAAACGCUACAGGUGUUAUUUUUUUUAAUCCACAUCAGAUGUUUACAGCACAACUGGUGUCUCAUUCUGGCAUGAACAGAGUUAAAAAGAGAUAGCAGGUGGAGUAGUGUGAAUAAUAACCCAGAUUAACAGCAGCUUAUCACUUAUUAAUGAUGUUGCUGUUGGUUUAGCGCUGCCUCUCACACUCAUGCCUCAUCACUUUGGUGUAUUAUUGGACAGCUUUUUAUGGUGAUAGCAAGGCCUCAGGUUUUGUUUUCACACCAGGGGUUCACUUGUUAGCAGGGAGGCUGUUGAUUCCCCCUGUUUCCCUCAGGAAAUGUAAGCUGCCGUCCCUCACAUGGUGUGUUAUGCGUUUCGGCUUGCCAUUAAAUUUUGCUUGAUAAUGUGAUACACUUACUUGCUUUGGUAACACACACCUUGAAGCUAAAUGUGUUAGCACAGUCUGAUAACCCCAGUAUUGAUUUAGUUUAUUUUCUAUACUGAGUGAUGGUCAGGAACCUUGGGGUCACUCCCUACGGUCAGCCCUCUGCUGCCGUCGUAUUGCCUGCUGUUGACAUCUCUCUGACAUGCGGACAUCCCCCUGUGGUUUGGUCGUUCCUUCAUGAAUAAGUCCUUUGUUUUAUUAAAACUGUGUCCUCUAAAAACUGUGCUCCUUAGAGAUGUCAAAAUCUGAAUAUGUGCUGCAUUUAGAUUUCUAUUUUUUGGGAAAAUGCUCUCGGCAAGGUGAAGGUGAAUUUCACUGAAGUGAGGGUACCAGCGUGAAGUCAAAUUGUUCUCAUUGGAGACUUAUUUAUUCAUUAAUUCAGAGCUCAGAGCUGAAUUUUUGUACCAACACAAAAGAAAAACUGAGUAGACUUAUGCUGGAGAAGGUGAAUCAACUGAGAUGUUUUUAUAUAAAGUUAUGGUGAGUAAGAAAGCCACAGUUUUAGUAAAUCUCAGUGCACCGUGAUACACACUAAGUUUUGAAGACUGGGCAGGGACAUUCUUAUGCAACACAUAACCAUUAUAAUCAAGUAAAAGUAAAAAGGAAGAUUCCAUCAAGAAAACGUUCAGAUUUUUAGCAAAAAGACAAGCUAUCAACAAUGAAAAAUGAGGUAUUGAAGCGCUGAUAGCAUAGCGGGCUAAACAUGCCUCACAUAUGCAUGAAGCUCGGGUUUGAACACACCCUGUGGCCCCUUCCUUGCAUGCCAUAUCCCACUCUCUCCUGUUUUCUUCUCUAUCCACUGUCCCCUAUCUGACAAUUUAAAGGCCAAAAUAAGCCCAAAAGUUAAUCUUAAAUAGAGAAAAAAAACAAGGCAUUUAAAUAUCUACUAGAUUUCUUGGCUGUCUUUUAUGACAACUUUCCCUUUGCCAGAUUGGAGUACAGAAGAGUGACAAAUGCGGGUAGUCUAGAGUCGUGUAGGCAUACGUGCAGCAAAAGGUCAUGACUGCUGCAACACGGGUUGUAGCCUUUGUACAUAGGGGCACAUCUAAACCAUUCAGCCAACACACCUCUUGUCUCACUUGGAAAUUUAAGGACAAAGCGGAUCUUGUAUUAAAUCAAAUGCCUACUGAAGACUUGGAAAGCUUGAGCAGACGUGGGCGCAGAGUGAUAUGUGACAGUGUCAUCAACAUAGAAGUGAAAAACAGAGUUUGUGACAUGCUCUUUAAGACUGUUCAUGUAGAUAGUAAAUGAUAGUGGGCCAAGAACUGAGCCUUGUGGUACCCCUUUUUAGAUUUGUAGCACCGCUGAGGCAGCAUCUUCUUAUGGACCAGUCUGGGUUCAACUAAUGAGAUUGUCUGCAAACCACUCAACUAUAGACUCUGAAACACUAGAAGCUUAAAGGUGCUCAGAUAAAGUGCCGUUGAUAGUAUCAAAGGAGUAGCUCUGACUAGCUAGCCCCUGCAAAGUUGAUUCAAUGGUAUAUUUAUUUCAUGAGUUUAAGAAUUCCUAGUGUAUCUUGUUUUGGUCUUGUUGCUAUGACACUACAUAGAUAAACAAUUUGCAUUGGCUAUUUUUGCUGGAAAAAGCUGUUGUUUCCUACAUUCGAUUUGCUCUUACUCCAGAUAAGGCCUGAUUUAUUAGUAAGCACAUUCUUCUGCAAACUUUGUAUGUACAUGAAAGUAAAAAGCAUGAUUGCAUUAAACUGCCACCUUGGAAAAUGUUUACUUUUGUCGCCUCUUCUUCCCAGUGAGAAUGAAAUCGUUGACCCUGACCUUACUCCAGAGUAAAUCUCUAGACCUGUAACAUAAAGCUGGAGAGAAGUUUUUGUUAGUGCAGCAAAACAGUGCUUAAAAUAGCCAUGACUAAGUAAUGUGUUUUAAUGUACUUCAGCAUAAAAUGAGGACAUGAUGUAUGUUUUUCUGCUUGUGCCACAUCCAUUUUCAUUAGGUGAGUCCCCCUCUCCCCUGGCUGCACAGGGGAUGUUUUCCUCUCCCAUCUCACAGGCUUACCUCAUUAUCAAUGAAUCAGAGGCUCUCGGUGAACGGAGACAGUGAGUCUCUGCGUUGGUCGAAGCUGCAGCUGGAACAGGGAUCAGAUCCUCCGUUUUAACCUCAUGAAUAUAACUCUUAUUCCGAUGAGUAAGUCUCAUGAAUAAAACCAUGAGAGUCCAUGAUAUUCAGGGAAACAGUUAGUCCAUGUUUUCUGGCUGGAUUUACUGUGUUGUUCAGCUUCCAGCCGGUCAUAUGUUUUAAAAUAUGACAAAGACUUCUGAUUGGACGUUGCUGACCUCCGCUGGUAGACCAAUUUUCUUGUUUUUAGUGAUGGAACUGUAAAAAGAGCUCUUGCAGUUUUGAAAUAAAUCAUUUUUUUCCUAAUUUGUGAUAUUCAAAACUCAAAGCUGUGGUCACUUUGGUCAUUAUUUAUGGAAUAUGAACGGCAUAAAAUGACAUUUUAAUCACUGAAAGUUAAUGCUGGCCCAUGUGCCACCAUUAGGGCUCGUGACCAAAAAUUAACCCUAUAAUGACAAAUCAACAUCAGUGUCCCUUUGUUAUUUUUUAAGUAAUUUUUGGUGCUUUUUUGCCUUUAUUUGACAGGAAAGCUGAGGGAGAGUAGGGGGUUUGAUAAAACAUGCAGCAAAAAAUCAUGGUGGGGACUCGAGAAACAGCAACCACUGCUACACUGCGGCAGUAGCUCAGGAGGUAGAGCGGUCGUCCAAUAACUGUAAGGUUGGCGGUUCGAUUCCCCCUUAUCCCAAGUCUGUCCGUUGUGUCCUUGGGCAAGACACUUAACCCACCUUGCUCCCAGUGUGUGUCCUCCACUGGUGUAUGAAUGUGAGUGUUGUGUGGUGGUGGUCGGAGAGGCUGUAGGCGCAAAAUGGCAGCCACGUUUCCGUCAGUCUGCCCCAGGGCAGCUGUGACUACUGAGGUAGUUUACCACCACGAAAGUGUGACUGUGUGAGCGAAUGAAUGAUGUAUGCAAUGUAAAGUGCUUUGAAGGUCUCUGAUAAAGCGCUAUAUGAAAUCUGAUGCAUUAUUAUUAUUAUUAUUAUUAUACUCGGAGUGGACCACUAGGCCAAUAACACUAAUAACUUUCUCUUUGUCUGAAAGGAAACAGCAAAAAAUUUUCAUUUUGUUGUUUAUUCUACCAAUAACAAGGAAGUACUUUAGAGGUAGCACUUAUCCAGCCCCCGGACUAAAAAAAAAACAUGUAACAGGGUAACAGCCAGAACUUUUUCCAGUUUUUCCAAAAGCUCCAUCCUGCCUUCACAAAACGUCUUUUAUGAAAAUAUUGGGCAACACAAAACAACCAUGUGACAGACUGUAGCCGCCACAGAUACAUUAGCUGGAGAACUCAGAUCUGACCAUGUAUACAUACAUACAGUGCACAACAUGUCAUUGCAUUGACAGUUACACAGCAAGCCUCACAGGCUGCCUUUGUGAAGGUGUCACGAAGAGUCCUUCGAACCCAUUAUGUCCCAUUAUGCUAAUUGUGGACAGUAAUCCCAUUAUCAUGAGUAAUGAAUGCAAAUCUAUUGUCCUGCGCUCAGGUUGUUGUUGAGAGGAGGGCAAAUGUGAUGUUUUUCUGUUACUCAUUUGAGACAUUCACUCGCACAUUUGCCGAUGACUCACACGUUAAAUAAUAGUGUGAGAAAUGUUCCUUGAUAUGAUAAUUGUAGAAUUGAUCAUGCAGACUAUUUACAGAUUUGUGCCGGAAAACUUCUGAGUAUUUUUUCCUAUAAGGUUUCAGAUCUGACUGAUGUCCAGAAAAUAAAUGAUUGAGCUUCCCUGGCAUACAUAGAGGACAGAUUUAGUUGACUUGGCAUGAAACCUCAGUGGAACUCCCACAAUCCCCUUCAUAGUUUUAUAGAGGCGCCAUUGUGACAGAGAGAUAAAAGCAGGCUAGAAACUGGAGAGUACAUGACAGAGGCAGGAUAUGGGGCCACAAGCUCAUCGCCAAUUAUCUCUCCUGUAGGUGGAACGGAAGCAUUUGAGGCACAAUAUCUCAUAUCGAGAGGAUUUAAUCACUUCUAUGACUGAUCAUUUGUAGUUUUAUAACUUGUAGACAUUUCCAAGUCCUCUGACUAACAGUACAAAGAUGUUCAACUUUCUUUGACAGGCUAUCUGCAGCAAUAUCGAAAUCUAAAAAUCAAGUUUCAAAGAUCAUUGAAUUCCUUUAUUUCUCAAUUUAUCAGCAGUUUAUUGCCAAUUUUUAAUCUCAAGUCCUGAAAAUGUUUAAAAAAGACUUGUUUAGACGAACUGGAUAAUGGAUGUAUUCAUUCAGAAUCAUAAACAACCCAACCAUUCCUACCUUACAUGGGUAAAAAACUAACCUGUGCAGAAUACAGCCCCUGAUGUGUCGGUCAUUUACUCUGUUUUAGCAGUCAGGUUCAGCUUGAGCAGAUAACUCUCAGCACUAUUGGAUGAAUUUCCUUUAGUUUGGUAGCAGCUUAAGACUAGCUGCAUAACAAGAUGGCUAAGGAAGGAGAGGAAUAUGUAGAGAUUUUGUGUUGAUAGGAAAGUUCCUCAAUUUUGGGGUAAUUUUGUUCAAUAUUGUUUUCGGCUAUCUUCGUAUAUAUCAGUUUUCAACACUUCAGUUAAUCCUGUGAAUUCCCUCUUCAUAGCUCAAGCCUAAUGCGCAUUGUUAUUUCACUCUGUUGGGACUCAUUGGAUUAUGUAACUCAUUUAUGCAGAGUGUAUACAGAUUAAGUGCUUUGAUUCGAACUGAAGCAUCCUAAAGUUAUACAAAGGGAACGUUUUCCUCCAGAGAAACAAACUGUGGUCUGAGUGUAUUUAUCCCCUUGAGAGAGAAGAAAGAGUGUCUGCGUGUCUGUUUACUCUUGACAUAUUUAGAAAGUCCUUCUCAAAUUGAGCUAAAAGUGGCUCUGAAAUUACAGAUGGUUCAUAUCAGGAGUCUGUCAGCUUUGAGGUUAUCAUUAUUCUGUGGCUGGUUGUCAAGGAAAAAACCUCAGUCCCCUCAGAUCCCUCUCCAGCAAUGCUCCCCACAUGUAUUAUGACUGUGAGGCGGAGUGCUAGAGUAACAUAACAGGGUGUGAUAAGGCAGAGAGGCUCCCCACCUGGCCUUAUAUGGACGGAGUUAGACCGGACCGCACUCUGAGCCAAGCAGGAUACAACAGCUCUGGAGCCACAGGUCAGGGAUUAGUUAAAGCUGUGAGUGUCAUGGAGCUUUCUUCAUGUUUGUCUCUGCUUGUAAACUUCAUCAUAUUCAGUGAAUUUGCUGUAAAUGAUCGAAACAGAAGCAGAGCUACAGGAUAUAUGUGAACCUCAGGGGAUGAUACCACUUCUGAGUUUUGAAGUGGAGUUCUCAUAUCAGACUUACAUAGACAGAGUGGGAGAUUCAUCCAGCAGAGCAGCCUUGUGAAGCACUUGAAAUUCUCUGCUAUAAAUAGUUAAUAAAAUAAUAAAUAAAUGAGGAUUUUCUUGGUUCUUGGGCAGCCAUCUUUUUGUGAGCCAAAAAUCUUCAAGAGUCUGAGUCAGCCUAGUUUUCAUGAGUGUGUUGGAAACAGAAUAAAAAAGACGUUAAUUCUUGUAAGAGCUGCUCCUUAUCUACCUUUUUUAUGCAACGAUCAAGUCUAUUGAUAGUGUUGUCAAAUAGUUGUAUUAUAUGAAUAACAUGAAGGUUAAAUAUCUAGAAAAUCUGGUGUAUGAAAUGGGCUUGUGAUAUCUUUUUUGUCGUUAAAGAGUGAGCAUACUGUUCACCAGUGCAACCAGUUUACCAUUAUGAAGCGCAGAGAGGUUUUCCUACCUGUCAUGGUUUUUCAUACAGAAGGUGGCAUUCAAAGUAGCGAACAACUGCUUCAGUGCGUAAAGCAUGCCAGUUACAUAGCCAGACAGUCCUGUCUAGAUGCAUCACUUUUCAGCAAUUUUCUCUCCCAUUGGGUUACAAUUUAUUUUAAAAAAAAAACAGUGGUUCCUCGACUAACAUAGCUACUUGGGUGGUUGAGCUAAACUAUCGUAUAGGUAGCUGACAAGGUGGGGAUUUAAAAGGGUUAAUAAAGAGCUCCACACAUACAAACUGCACAUUGCUGAAUGCAAUAGGAGUUUUCUCCAGUUUAAACCUUUUCCCCUCUGAAAGCCUCCCCCAAACAGAUUGUAUUCUCAAGAGUGAAUCCACUGGGUGGCCAGGACUCUUUCUGUUUAUUUCAUUAUUGUCAGAAAAUUCCUUAUAGGAGCUUUAAGCUUAGAGGAGUUUUACAUGCCAUUCCAUUGUUACUUUUUAAAGUUUAAAACUUACACAGGAAUGUAACAUAUAAUGCUAAAAAGCCAGUAAUUACAGUAGAUAUGAUCAGAGAGAAAGGGUAGAUCAAUAUAACUCAGUUAUUUCAUAUAUGUAAUUUCAUAUAUGCUGUAUACUGUUUAUGGUAAUAGUGCAAUAUACAGUUAACUAACAGCCUAAGCUAACCACUUCUAGCCUUGGUUUUUGCAUGCCAACAACUUAAUUCAGUUAAGCUGCUCAAAGAUCAAAACAUCUUGCAAUAUCUUGGUAGUACAUGUUUUAGCUGCUCCCUAAGAAUGAUUAUCUAAAGUUAAUUUUUGUAGGAGUGUCAUUGCAUCAACUUAACUGUAAAGGCAUUGCAAAUGGCCACUUUGCUGUUUCCAGGGCACCAGAGCAGUGAUACGUACUGAGUGAUAUUCUUUCAAAUCUUGGCUGCAAAGAGAAAAAUGUUUUUGUGCAAUGAAAACUUUUUCCUCAGUACUUUUUAAAAGCACAAGUCAAAAGUGUAUUUCUCCCUGUGCUGCAUGAACCACAGAGAAAUUUCCUGCACAUGAACUUCGACUUGAAGCUUUUUUCCCCCCAGAAUCCAACAUUAGCAGAUUGUUUCAGGCUCACUAAUGGCAACCUUGAACAAUGAAGCAUAAUGUCCUUGCUUACAUUUAAACUGAAAGACUAAUCGACUCAGCAUCAAACUGCUGAACGUGAGAGAUGUGUAUUAAUGUGAGCAAAUUAAGCAAUAAUUGCCUCUGAAAAUAGCACACACACACCCUCUUUCUCACUCAGCAGCCACGUCCUCCUCUGGAAGAUGCUGAAGCUGUUGCCAUGAAAACACUUUGCUGCUCACUCUGUGUGAUACUGCAUCUCUCUACCUUGGCCUUGUGCUAAUGGUAUUCUCAGCCCAUCAUAUCAGAAGUAACAAAGCCGAACAGAAACACUGUUAGCAAUUUAGGUGAUAUGUAUGAGCGCAUGAAUAGACCUAUAUACUUUUCCUUUUUAUAUUUCUUUAUCUUCAGGGUGCACUGGACUGUAUGUUUUGUUAUCUUUGAACAGCAAAGAUAUUUUGAUGGGUUUAAAAAUCUACAGAAAUUAACAUUUCACGUGUACAUCUAGUCUGAAAAAAAAGAAAAAAACUUCUUUUUUAAAAAUAAAACUCACAGGAACCAACCAAAAAUGUAUACAGGUGAAUGUUAAAUCCUUGACCCAGACUGUGCAGUUAUAUUUCCAAAAACUAUAUGAGUCAUUUUUACCUUUUCUUGCUUCUCAAACAGCACCAAAAAAAAGUUUUUAAAGCUCUUGUGAGGAACUUUUUGUUUUACGUUUUUGGCGCCCCCCUGUGGACAGAACUUUACCUCUUUCUCUUUUAAUUUUCUUGUACUUAUCCUGUUGCCUUUUAAUCGCCAAAUGUAGAGGUUGCUGAUAUUAUUUUUUAUGGCCCAUACUUAUACCAACACCAAUUACCAGAAUUUCAUGAGACGGAUAACUAAUAUUUGGAAAUGAUGUGCAAACUUUUAUCAAUACUAAGAAUUUGGAAUAAUACAACACAAGACUUCCUGUAAGAGCCCCCAGCGGAUGUUUAACCAAAACUAAAACUUUCAUCAUCACUUUAUAGAGAAGUAAACACUUAACCAGUUAAAAUACAGCUACUUAGUCGUUUGGCAUCAAGCUGAUCAUAUAGAGUUGUGAGCAGGACAAAAAAUGAGGCAAAAUAGAGAGAGAAAGUCCAAUCGUCAAAUGACGGCCCCGAUAACCAUCCAAGGCCGAUUCUUGGUCAAAUCUAAUACUUUGCUUUGGAUGAAUUAAAACAAAGUAUUGUGGCUUUCCUAGAACCUUUAAAAAAAAAUCACUUGAGGCAGAGGAUAGGUCCUGUAUAUUUCCAUGACACGCUGCUGCUGUUCCAAAGAAGCACCCACAGUUCAUCAAAGUUUUCAAAGCUUUAAUGACAGCAAAAAAAAAAAUGCUUCGACAGUUGCCAAUGAUUUACACGCGCACAUCAGAUCAAAUAUGUGUACACUUUGCGAUGUGUAUCAUUGCAAACAAAGAACAUGAAGCGCGGUCAACAAAAAUUGUUGUCUGUGUGUUGUCUUGACAACUACCCCACAGUGAUUUCAGGCACUGAAAAUACCAAUGUAGAAGUUGCAAAUCUUCUUAGUGACAGUAUUGUUUCCUUUUGUGGGUCAUACAAAGGCAUCACUGUCAAAUCUCCCAUCUGUUUCAUACCCAGCCAAAAACUCCUCACAGGAGCUUUAAAUAGAGCACAUGAGACCAGAUACCAGUCGAGCACUUGUUAAAGAUUAUAUUCAGAUGUAUGUGAAGUGUUAAGUGUCCCGGUUUGGCAGAUAAUAACAAAAGUAAACAGACUCUAAAAGCACCACGAGGUCUCUGAGAAGAUGAACUUCUGUACUGGACACUCCACUGAACCACUCUGCAGAUAUGGUGUUGUAGAUAUGUGGACAUGGGCUGUAAGGGAAUGUUGACACUACAUAACAACAGUGUGAAGGGUUCUGGCAGGCUCAGCGGUGCGGCUGGCAUAUUUUGAAAGGUGUUAUAGUGUAAACUGUCACUGAGCAGGCCAGUUGUAACCGAGACUCGCUCCAACAGCCUCGGAGGGCCUCCGGUCUGUUUUGGCUGGGAGUUGUUGGAAUCACAGCGUGGGCAUGUUUGAUCACUCAGACAGAACCGUCAUGGCCGCUGGCCGCCGGACGGCUCCCAGACACCCAAACACAACAGAUGGGCAGACACAGAACAUAACCAGGGUGGUGUGGGUAAAACUGUGGAACAAGAGGAGGCAGGGCAGAGGAGCAUGAAGCUGACUGACACAUGUACGUGUCUGUUAGUUCGAGCUCUGCAGGACUUUGAUUAGCAGGGAACCAAAAGGACCAGAUCUACAUUUAAUAGCUCCUCUGCUACGUGCCUUUUGCACAAAAUGUCUCAUGUCCUCAAAGCAAUAAGUUCCUAAAUUACCCCUCAUUUCAGUGAUUUAAGUUAUUCCCAAGCUUUUAAGCUGAUUUAUAGUGGUUCUUGAACUUUCUGUUCCCCAACUUGGAAGCAGAAUAAUUUCAUUGAUGAAUAUGACUCAAGAUUUCUUGUCAGUGGAGAGCCAAGCAGCCGGUUAUUGACACACAUAAAUAAGCUAGCCGUGCUCUGCCUGAACUGUUGCUAUGCUUUGUUAAUGAAAUGCAGCUGCUGGAAGGUUGCUCCAUAUUAGUUAUUUAUACGCCUGUCUACGAAUGAGAGGACCAAUCAGGAUCAGUUUCUGAAAAAGGUUGACUCGUUUAGGGAUGGGGAUUGAGAACCAGUUUCAACUAAUAUGAGCCAUCAACAUCUUUUGCCUUAAUGCUUAUUAGUUCUCUUAUUGAUAACUGUCCAUAGGUUAGCAUGAACACAACAAGUCAAAUCAUGAUGUAGAGAAGAAAAGAGUGGUACAAACUGUUAACAUAUACAUCAUAAUAUUAUGUUUGAAAUGCCAGCAUUAGAAAUACGAACAAAUCCACUCCCUUUGUGAGACUGACGAUUAACUCUGAUUGUUUUUUAUGCAAUCAGUGUACUUAAAGGGAUAUUCCGGCGUAAAAUUAAUUUCGAUUCAAAUACACCUUAACACCGAGUUAGACACCCCAUCGAGAGAUAAAUGUUGCUGAACUACUUGCCUUUCUAGUUAUACCAACUUUAGUAACGACAGCACGAUAGCAAUAAACAGCGGUAUUGCUAUUCAACACUAGCCACCACACAUCUUUUAAACCUUGCCUAAUUUCUUUCACGAAGAGAUUAAACACAACUCACCUACUCUCUUCCGGCAGCCGCUUGUUUGUAGGGAGACCUCAGACCAGUCCAUUACGGACGGCAGCAGGGGUAUGUAACUCAAGGAAGAACAUUUAUGAUCAUUUCUUUAUCAUUUCCUUGAAGUAAUAAUCACCAUAUUAAUCAUUUUGCACUGCAGACACAGUAGUUCUUCUGCUGUAGCAUCUUGAUCUGAUUGCAUUUCCAUGAAGAAAUGAUCAUAAAUGUUCUUCCUUGAGCUGCGUUACCCCGCUGCGGUGAUGGACUGGCCUGAGGUCUUGCUACAAACAAGCGGCUGCUGGAAGAGAGUAGGUGAUUUGUGUUUAGUCUCGUGCAGUAGCUGGGACCCCAUAUGUACUGUUGAUGAAGUUAGGUGCUGUUCUGAGCAUCAUUAUUUGAGGUCUGUUUAUGGCUCCUCAGACCACUGUGUAUUGCUAUCCUGUGGUCAUUACUAAAGUUGGUAUAACUAGAGAAGCAAGCGGUCAGCAACAUUCAUCUCUCGAGGGGGUGUCUAACUCGGUGUUCUGGUGUGUUUGACCUUAAAUUAAUUUUAUGCCGGGAUAUCCCUUUAAAGAGAUUUCUGUUUUGACUCUGGCCACAGCUGCUUGUCUUCUUCUCUGUGUUUAUUGUCAGAUUGCAUACUACUCACAAUGUGUAGGAAAGUAAAGGCUUUUUAAUUUGUUAAUGAAAGCAGCUAUUAGCGGCAGAUAAAAUUAUAUUACCAGACUAUUAAACGAUGGCAAAGUAUUCUCAUCGUGAGCUGUUAUUUUAUUAGACUGAUGUAUACUGUGCAUCCCCACUCACAAAGUCUACUUUUGGCUGUACUUAGCUUUGUUUAUCUCAAUGGUGUCAAGCAAACACACAGAACUGGAUUGAGUUACACAUCCACUGAGACUGAGCAUUAAUGUUUAUCCCCUUGUAGGUCAGAGAAGGUAUGCUUGGUAUGUUGGAGCCAGUGUUCUUUCUCUGACUAAGCUUUCUCUCUCAAACACACACACAAUCAUUUACUUUCUUUCUACACACACACACACACACACACACACACACACACACACACACACACACACACACACACACACACACACACACACACACACAUCCAUCAUUUAUUUUCCCCAAAAGGAAUUAUUGGUUCAUUUAGUGGUUACUACUCCUGAGACAGCUGUGAAUCCACUCACGUAAUGUUACACCUGAGCAUCCUUUGAGUGUGUGGGAUGUACAGAUUUUAUUAGAACAGGCUGUUAUUAGGGCUGUUUUAUGUGUCCAGCACUUCCAAAUGCAGAGGUAUCUUUCCUGAUAAUAGAAGAACACAACUUGUUUUUCUUAUCCAUUUAAAGCUCUGCGAUUCGUUUCGCCCUCUCAGUUUAAAGUAAAUCUUUAAUGAAUACGCAGCGUUAAAUUUGAAGUGUGUUGUGCUUGUUCAGUUGCGUUGGGAGUUUUCACUUUUGUUUGGCUCUUAUUGCAGAGAAGAUGUUGCAGGAUAGACAGCCAACUGGCACACAGACAGGUUUUGUUAUCAUAAUGGGAAUACUACAAAUAGGCUUCCACACUAGAUAAAAACGGAUGUACAGCCAACUUCACCUCAUUUCAUCGGUACACUUGUACGAAACCUGUGCUGUUGUUUUAAGGUUGCCUUCCUCAAUUUAACCACAGUUACGCGAGAAAGAAAUUCACACCUAACAGUUGAUGUGGGAAAUGCCAGGCGAGUUGUGAUAUGAUACCAAAAGUUACAAAACAAUACAAGAGGAUACAAUACAAUUUGUUAAGGUACAGUAUGUUGCAUUGUGAUACAAAUUAUGGUAUAGUACUAUGUGAUACAAUAUACUAUAAUAUGAUAUGGUGUGAUACAGUCAUAGUAUACUAUUAAGACAAAGGGCUUUGACAUUUACAUGCACAGUAUAUGAUAACAGGAUACUUAAAAACCUGAUCAUAACUGGAAUACUCAAAUCCAUGUAAAUGCACUCAGUGAGCAAGAAAUUCUUUUUGGAGCAACUUAUUUAUUCAGUGAAAAUAUAAGUAUAAGUCCUGCCUAUUGAUUAUUGUCACACAAUUCAGGACAAUUAUUUAUUUGUAUUUCUAUUUUUAUGUUGUGUCCUACAUCUGCGAAAAAUUCAUCUGUUUACAUGGAGCCCAUUUUCUGGUAACAUACUCAGUGUUGCUUCAGUGCUCUGUCGGAUAUGUUGCUGUGUUCUUGGUUUUUUGGUAUGUGGCGUCAUACAAAUCAUCAAAGACAAUUAAUCCUGGAAAUGUUUUGAUAAAAUCUUUGUAUGGAUUAAUUUAGCUUUUAGCUACUUCAAGAGAACAGAAAAGUUAGUUUGUGGGCAGUGGCUGUUUUCGAUACUGGUUAGUAGUACCACCAGACAACAGCAUAGUGGUUGUUUUUUUUUUAACUGAAAUAUACAAUAGUCCUUUAUACUUCUAGGUUUUUGAUAACCAUUUUAUCUGCAUUUGCUUAACAAUCAAAAAUCACUGGCUCAUGAUAUUUUUUCAGGUUUUCCAUGUUUAGCAGAUAUACUUUCGCCUUUAGCCUUACAGUUCUUCACCUCUGAAUUGAGAGGGAUGACUGAGGAAAAUAACUGCUGUGUAUGUGGUAAAGAGAGGCUUAGAACCCCUUUCUCUGUUUUAUCUAGGAUGACAGUAAAGCUCUUGUGGCUAAAAGGGUGUUUAAAUGUCCAUAUUAGCUUCUUAAUCUAAUCCUGCUGUACAAUCCCCUUUUCUUCUCUGUCCAUUCGGUGUGUUUAAAUGUUCUUAUUUUAGCCCAAGUAUGGAUUCAUCCUCAUGCUGUCUAAUGCGCUCCUAUUAGUCAGAACGGUUCUUUCUCUGUUUACUUCUAGACAUAUUUGCUGGUCUAAAUUCCUUCUAAAAUUGACUAAUUUGUUCCCAUGCAGGUCAGUCAAAGAUCUUGUUUCUAUGUCAACAAACCAGCGGACACAAGGCAGCCAUGUGAAACCGCAUGAUGAUUUAAUUUUCAGUUUCUUGUCCAUACUUUCACUGAAUGCAUGACUCAGUUGUGCUCUGUGCUUUUUGAAAGAAAGAACAGUGUCAGUACAUGUGGUGAGGCUUGAACAAAUUCAAUAUACUGUCCAGAUAGAUGCUGCUAAUGGAUUGAAUACUUUUUACAAGAACAUGGAAACUUCCUUACUUGCCUUAAAAUUAUCAUACCCUUUGCUGUUCAGCACUUAUGACAAGGCAGCCUGGGGGACUUGGCUGCGAUAACAAGAGCAUCAUUAUGUUUACUUCUCCCUCUUUACUUUCUCUCAGUUAUAUCAGAGGAGACAUGAAUUUCUUUACCAAAUUGAUUGCUAUGCAUCCGACAGCUUUUACAUUACUUAUAACUGAUUAUAUGGAACUCAGUAAAGAGUGAGAUGGGAUCACCAGAAGUCAAGUGCCUGGGAAUAUAAUUGUCAGCGCAUAUUAAAGUGAACAGUUCUUGACAAAGUUGACCCCACUGGUUGUUGUAUAAAGAUGGACAACAUGUUUCCGCCUCCAUCCACUGUACUGAAAAGAAAUCAAAAUACCACAGACAUAUUCCUCUAGUGAUGUAAAGGAGCUAGAGUCUGUGCGGUGGAUCGGCUGGUGGAGCCACUGUAUUGAAGUCUCACCCCCUCAACUCAACUCAAUAACAACACCAAAGAGCUGUCAAGACGGUGCAGUCUACAGCAAAACAGAUUCUUGUAUUGGUUUGAAGCUGAGAUUCAAAGUUAUGAAAAGUUACAUGACUCGUCUGAUUGGGUUUGUUAUGACUUUUGCUUUUCACUUAGUGGUUUCUAAAUCUAGGUUUUGAUGGUGGUAGCCAUAUUGAAAAUGCUGACUCAACUGCUAAUGAUCCAGUAGGGGCUAAAGGCUAAAACAUACAGGAUCCAUAUUCAGCCUAUUUAUGAAAUAGGUUGCCAUUCUAAUCAAUGCAGCAAAUCAUACAGGACGCGUAUCAGCUCCAUCGCAGCAUCGUCUCGAGAGCAGCACGGCUAUAGAUAUGCGACGAGUCUAUUUUUGCUGCUCUACGCCUCCAAUCCACACAGAGAAGAUCAUCUUAGACAGGAAGUCAAGCAUGAAAACCAUGCAUGUCAUCCAGUAUUUCAAAAUAAAACACCAUAUGCGAACUCCUGACUGUGUAUCAGUUUGUGUAGAUGAGAAAUACCUCCUGGUUCUGGAUUUAUCAGUAACAAGAACAAUCCGAUGGUCAAUCCCUGAUCCAUGUGAACCCCAACAGGACUUUUAACUGCUACCUCAGUCUGAAGCACAGCAUAAAGGAACAUAGUUUUCUUUUUUAAGCACCAGUAAACCUGCAAAAACCGAAACUGUAAAAUCACGUUGCUUUUUCACACAUAGUAGAGGCUCAACUGUCACUAAAUUAUAUCCAAAUUGGCAGGAGGUAGACCACAGAUAGGCAAAACAUCCUGUUGUGAGCAUGUUGUUACCUAUAUACUGAGCCCAGGUGACCGGGGCUGCACUACACCGCUGCCACGCUCCAAAUACACAUCCUGUAUGCGAAACCAAAUGCUGCUCUACGGAGCAAAUACAGAACACCCUCAAUUUGGAUCCUGUAUGUUUUCGGCUUGAGAGGCAGAGUUUGGGUUGGCCUGUAGCCUUCUACCUAACAGCUACAACAUGCCUACCUGUCAGAUGAGCCAGCCAUGCACCCUUUGUGCUGAACUUAUAACAUUAAUAUCUUGAAAACCGACAAGUUAUAGAAACAUUUAUACCCCGUGUAGUGUGUGUGGUUACAGAAAUGAGCGGUUCUGUUUAUUUUAGCUGUAAAAAUGGGCUUUUUAGAAUGAGUGUCUAUGCGACCCGAAGGACUUUUGGGGCCAACCUCAAGUGGAUACCGGAGGAACUGCAGUUGUUUAGCUUUUUGUUGCUUGUGUCAUUUCUACCAGAGGAAGCGCCAUUUGCCAUCUGAGCUGUUAGGCAUUGCAUUCGCUAUUCAUUACUGCCUCACGUUCCCAGAUAACACACACACACACACACUCAAAAAUGACAUUGUCUGAUGUUUGAGGAAAAAUCAUUUGACAUGUGUUUUGAUUUUAAAGUCUGAUUUGUUGACAUGAAGGAGGUGGGAUUUGUGACCUUAACAAAAAAAAAAACAGUCAAGGGGGCCUAAGAUGAUUUGGCUUCACUUUUGGGGGCUGUCAAACCAUCCAUGUUGCUGUACAAUAUAAUUUACCUGAAAUACUUUGACCUGUUGGUAACAAGAAGGUGCCAAUUCCAAACUUUAUUGCAACCCAUUAUUGUUUUAUGGUCAUGCCACUGGCUCUCCAGUAUCUGUAGGACUCAUCCUCUUGUGACUAUGAAUGUCUAAAUCAAACGUUAUUAUUGCCUCAGAGUUGCUGAGAUGUUUCCAUGUGGACUUUACUAACAAUCAGUGUUUUUUCCAUCACAUGCUAGGCAUGCAUUUUCAGUUUGUGCAUGACCAAUCGUAACCCAGCAUGGACAUUAGUUUGCUCAGUAAUGAUAAUCUUGUCUAAUCAUGUGCUGUUUUUCAUACACAGCCAACCUCUCACCAACGGGACAAGGCAUGAUCUCGCACAGCCAUUUGUCAUGUUUGACUAGCGUGAUCAUGCAGAAUUUGAUUUCAUAAGCCAAAUCAUUUUCCCCUCCAAGACUUCAGCUUUUGUCCCCGUUAGUUCAUGACAAAGCAGUGCAUGUUUUUUUCAAUUAUCCCUGCUAGUUUGUCCAUAACAAGGGCCAUUAACAUAACAAAAAAUGGCAGCAGGCUCCUAACACUGCUGCAGAAUAACUGAACACAAGCCUGAGUGUUUGGUUAUAUCACAACAUCUUCUUCAGUUUGACUGAUAGACUGUUAUUGCAGGGGAAAAGGCUUUUCUUUGGCCUCUGUCUUUCAAUUUAUAUCUCCAGUGCCCGUGUGUCUCAGUGUUUAUGGAGUGGUUUGAACUUUUGCCAUUUCUUAUUACAAGCAGACUCUAGUAGUAGAAGAAAGUAUACAAUAAUAGGUUUUUCUAAAUAUGUAUACACCUGAUACAAACAGCUUUGUAUUUCUUGCAAUUUACGUGGACUUGAAUUUAAGAAAGAUUCAUCUGUAUAAUUUGACAUUGUCAUUUAAGGAAUUUUCUGAUGUUUUAAAGUAGCUUUGUGUGUCAGAUUUAAGUUUUUCUGACAUUUUAUCUGGGCUGUUAUUGUACUCUUUCAUAUUUGAUCCAUAGUAGUGGUCAAACUGUUACAGUUUUUCAGUUGCAGCGACCGAUUGAAAGAGCAGGUUGGCUGACGCUGUGACGCUGAAAUCAUAUUGUUGUUUCUUUUAAUGUAAUAGUGCUAACAAAUGAAAAACAAUACUGCUGAAUUUGUCGGUUUAAUAAAUACAUACAGACAGAGAAGUAUUGGGACUUGAGACUUGUGGAUUUCUGAGUUUUUAGGAUUAGGUAAGAGUCACCCCCCACCUGUUUUGUCUGUUAUCAGUUAGGAUAACUGCUGUCUGUCUUUGCCAUAGAUUGUCUGUAAAAUAAACAAUAUGACAGCUCUAAAAGAGCAGGGCAAGGACCAUCUUGAGGAGAGUUGCCAUUAUCAGAGUAGAGGAGGAAGGUGAGGGAUAUUGUUGUAUACAACGGCACAGGAAAUGUUAACCUUGUCCAUAUUGAUAUGCAGUCAGCAAUAAUAAGGAUCAGGAUUAGCUCUGCAACAUAACAUUUAAGAUUUAAACCAAGGGUUGCCCAUGAACUAGCUGCUUAAACAUCCCACCUCAAAAUGCUUCAAAUAUAUAUAAAUUACUUCAGACUUUAAUAUGAAAAACAUGUGUUAUAGUCUGUUUUGCACAGAUCUCACAUCAUCAUAAACUAAUGUUGUUAAUACACUUUAAGUAAUAUUUAUAGUUAUGAUGCAAAGGUUUAGUGUGCAGAACUCUGAAAUGUAGAGAUAAACAUUUUUAUUUGAAUACGAUGCAAGCAGCAACAGCAAGAGAAUGUGUUACUACAGGACACUUUUUAAGUUGUUUAUCAUGAUUCAAGUUGAGGACGCCUCCUCAGCCCACUGCUUUUCUCUCGAGGCUCCGGCUUUCUCCUGUAACAUGAUGAGUGUAUUAGAGGAUAUUUGUAGCAUUGUUUCAAGUGUUUUCAUUAGAUUAUACCUGUUUGGCAGCCUUGAGCUGGGAGAAUCCUUUAAACUCUCAGCUUUAAAUAAAAUCGGUGCAUGUAGGGAGAAUUUUUUUACAUUGUCACGUUUUUCAUAUUGUCGAGGUGGUCUGUGGUGCUGAUUUGACUUUAAAAAGAUGGAUUUCUCUCCUUUUAGAGUUUUCCAAAGAGAUAUGGAUUUGAGUGUAGAGUGUUGAUAUCAAACAGUGAAAAGCAGCUCCGUGUCCGGUGUGGCUGGUGUUGAACAGCUCCGUCUAUAUUUGGAAGAAUCUGGGGUUAGGCAGUGUCCCCUCUCUGUCUCUCCUCUUUUUGAAGCAUGAGAUGAAAAAUUAAACAUUCCUCUUCUUUUGUUUGUUGCCGGGGCUUGUCUUUCUUCUUCAAAGGCAUGACUCAUCAAGUGACCUUUUAGUUCCCAGGAGUUCAGCAGCUCCUGCGAGGCAUCAGGGCUGCUUAAAAGCAUGCGGUGUCCCUGGUUUGAAGUGGGACUCCAGAACAGUUUUCUAUAAGACAAACUCUUGAAUUAGGAAUUAUGUUGGUGCUUGAUGCUCUUUAUACAUCUGUAAAUCAUGUCAGUGGUGUUACUGCCAAGGUUUGUGCCUUUUUAGAAGCAAAACUGAACUGAAACUGUUGAUGUGGAUGAGGGCUGCACAAUAAAUCACAACUUUAGACACAUUAUCAUCAAACAUAUUGCAAAAAUCUUGAAUUAGGUAGUAAAAAUAUAUAUAUGAUCAUUUUUUCUCACUCAGCAUGUGUAUUUAACAAGUCCCAUUAACGUUUGGAUAUUAUGACCAUGCUUUUAAACCUCUAAUGAUGGCACUUUAACCAGCUGUCAGCUAACCUCAGAUCAGCUGGUGAUAAAUUACUCAUAAAUUAGUGCUUUCUGGAUGUAUCUUAAAUCAAUCCAAUUAUAUCUGCUUUAUUUAUAUAGCACAUUUUAAAAAACAUUCAAGUUUAUCAAAGUGCUGCACAGUAAAAUUAAAUUAACAGACACUGUAGAAAACAUCAAGAGAAAAUAAAUAUAAGCAGGUAAAAAACAUUUAAGAUGAGAAAAAAAUAAUGAAAUAAAAACACAAAAGCAUAAAAGGAUAAAAGUGAUAAAAGGACCAUAAAAGACAUAGAUCAGACAGAGAUCACACAGCUCUCAUGCUGAGCUAAAAGCCAAGGAAUAAAAAUGAGUGUUAAGACAUGUUAAAAGUAGAAAGAGAGGGGGAUGUUUUGAUCUUGAGUGGCAAUUUGUUCCACAAUUUGGGAGCCAGACCGAGAAAGCUCAGUUGCCACGGGUUUUAUAACGAGUUUUUGGGACGAUGAGUUGGAGCUGAUCAAGGAAAUCAAGGAUGUUUUUUACCUACAUGCCAAUCAUUGAUUUCUGUCACUGCAAAGAAUAUAUUUAAUCCUCUAUAAAAGUUAAUCUGGCCAAAUGAAACUCACUGUCUUCUUCAGGAUAUGAUACUCUUACCACUAUGAUGUACGGUCACUGCAGGUAAAAGCUAACCCUCGUUGGUCCUGUUCGUUUAGACUGACAAAAAAAAACUCAUCUUCGCAACAGCUUAUGAUGCAUGUGUAUAUUUACAUCCUGCAGUCGAUCAGUUUUACAUGAGGGGCUACAUCAAAUUCAUUUCAUAUACACGUCUUUCAUAUAUGAAUUGUGAAAGUUGUGACCGCAUGAUGUCUUCCAGGCCAUAUGGCUGACCUUGCACAUCCUGCAUCCUCCUAUAUUAGCCAGCGUGUCACUUCUUAUGUUCUGGACUGUAUUUUAAGAUGGCUAUCAGGACAGCUUCCUGUCAGUAAAACUAAAACAUCAGGAGCUCCAAUUUCCAAGUGUGUGCACAUCAUACAUACAACAAUAAUUGUUUAUACCUAUAGAAACACAGAGGAAAAUAAAUAAUGGAAUAACCCAGGGCAAGGAAAAAGUUAUUUUUUCUAUCUGAGCUCUCUUUCUUUCUUUCUUUUUUAAGUAACAGUAUCCAUCUGUUGUGAGGAUGUGUAAACAAGAUACUCCACUGUUCAUGUUUGCAGGCCUCCUUUCAUUACUAACUAUGGUUCAGUCAUGUAAUAUGAAGGUCGUCUCCAUGUGAUUAUUUUGCAAUGAAAAUGGAGAGCUCUUCAUCGUUUAGGUUAAAUUAAAUAUACAGUAGAGUGCCCUUUGCCUCCACAAAGCUGAAAUAACACAGCAGUCCAAUAAUAGAGGUUUUAUCGGAUAACCAUUCUGAUAUAGAAUAUAUGAAAUAAACCAAACUAAACCUGUCCUGGGUUCAUACAGUGUGAUGCUCGGAUUUGUUCCUGCUUUAAUUCAGCAGCUGACAGCUUUUGAGGUAAAACCCACCAACAAAUAAUUGCAGGCCCUCACGUGAGAGACUUUCAGCCUCUUGUACACAUUGCUCUGCAGAAUGAAGCUGGCUUUGGGCUGCUCACAGUAAUCAGCAUGAAGCACAUGACCUGCAUUUGUCCUUAACACACAAAGAGCCCCAGUGUGCUAAGCAAGGAGGCUGUGCAGUUGUAAUCAAUGUAACAAUCUAAUUAGAAGAAAAAAAAAUAAAAAUGGGACUCACCAAAGGGCAGAGCGCACAGAGCCCUGUUUAUUUCUGUCACUGACUUAGGCUGAAAAUAAAGUUUAUGCUUUCCCUGAGGCGGUUCCUCCAGAGAUUAGUUGUCAUGUGAUAGCAGUAAUUAAUAUUUCAGAGAGCAGGCUGAUUUAAAUAUGAGGAGAUUCCACCUAUUGAGAUAAAAUUCAUUUAGAAAUCAGUCAAUGAAUGUUUGCACUAGUUCUCCAUUGUUCAAACACAGUCAUAACUCUUAACCAACUCAGUAAGUUCAGAUUUCUACAAACCAAAUCUAAUCUUACAGCAUUUCUCAACACCUGAUAGAUGCAGCUCUUUACUUUGGAGCAGCACUUUCGCAAAGAAUAAAUAUAACUUAAAUUCUAGAGGAGUUGGGACGCUGAACCAACUAGAACCUAGAACCAACCUAGAACCUAGAACUUGGACCUAUAGUAUGCACCAUGAUACAGUGAAUCAGGGCAAAAGCCAAUCUUCAGGAUCCUUAAAACAAUUGCUGUCAAGCAGAUAGAAGAAUUUUAUCUGAAUGAUUAUUGGCUUUGUGAUUGAUUUAUCACUUUUAAUUGCCUACAUCUAUAAUGUAAGGAGAAGAAGUGUGUUACAAAUAGAUAAACUGCAUAAACAUACCCACUGAGCAUUUUUUGAUCUAACAGAGGUCUAAUAGACGUCUAAAUGUAGCCUAGAUGACUGGUCUAAAAUCAGGCUACCACAGGUCUGAAAAUUAAAGUUUUUUAGACGUCGAAAUUUAGACCAAGUUUGGAUUAGCUGGCUAACAGAGGUCUAACUGUAUAUUGCUCAACGGAUAUCAUAAUUAUUUUGGUUAAGUACUUGGAGAUCAGUUAUGCGACUCACAGUUGCUUUUUGAAAUAAAUAGUUAUCGAAUAAUGGGUUAAAGUGCAACGUCUAAAUUACGUCUAAAAAUACACAGAAUCUAGACGGUUGAAAUUAGGUCUAAAAAAAAAAAGACUUGACAUCUAAUAGCCGUCUAUUGCUCAGUUUGUAUUCAGAGUCAUAUCUGUUUUUAUUGCAGGACCAAGGCCACCCAAAUAUGACUUCUAGUCAUGUUCCUUUUCACAAUGAAUUCUCCAGAUUCCCUAAAUUUUUUCAUGAUAUUAUGAGUCCCCAAAUCCUUUAAAAUUUUACGCUGAGGAUUAUUGAUGAAAAAUAUUUUUUAACUAUUUGCAACCACAGUCUCUAACUGAGUCGUGAAGCUCCUUACCUCUCUCCUUCUGAGGGAUUCAGCCUCAGAUGACUGCCAAGUGCUUUAAAUAUGACCGCCAAUACAGAGGUCGCUUUAUAUUCACUCACAUUUAAAUCAAAAUACAUGCAAUCCUUGAGCUUCUAUUGGUUGAUUUUACUUAAGGAGUAACACUAUGAACUUGCUGUUUUACCAUGCCUCUGUUUGUUUGUUCCUUUCAGAUUAAAAGCAUAUGUCUUUGUAAUAAUCACAUCAGUCUCAGAAGAUACUCUUACAAAUAAAUAUGCACCAACAGCAAAUCAUUCGCAUCAGUUGUACCCUGACAAUGUGUUUUAGGUGUAUUGUACUUUUAAUAUUUUAUGGAGCGUACUUUGAUUGUUUGGAUUGAGCACAGCCGUCUUAUUUUACAAAGCGCUUUAUUUUUUUAAGAUACCAUCUUUCCUAUAGAAGUCGACAGUUUUUGCGCAAAAGUCUCUUAUGAUUUAUUUGGAAAUAAAGCAGCAGUUUGAUCACAGCGUUGGAUCCAAGACACAAAACAAGUAAAGUAGAAGAGACAUUGUGAAUAAUCAUCCGUCUAAUAUCAGCUGUGGUGAUGUAGUGAUUUGCUGAAUAGAUUCUUUGAAAAUGAGACCACAUGACUGUUUUUUUCUGCAACUGUGACAGAUGUGUUCAUGAUGUUGGGAACUGUCCUCCAGCUCAUGUUUAUUCAGUCCCUGUAGCUGCAGCGGCCUCCAUUAAUCAGAUGAUAACAGAGAGAAGGAAACACAGAGGAGGAGAAGUACCUGUGGGAGUAACAUUACAGCCUCACAGCUUUUAUUUACCUCCAGUGUUACAUCACAUUUUCUCUCUGUGGCAAUUCAACAUUAUCUUUAUCAUAAUCUGCUGUUUUUUUUUUUUUUUUUUUCAUAGAUGUCCGGUCAUGUGGGGACUGUGUGUUGGAGUUUUUUCGAACUGUUUUCGAUGUAAAUAACUUGCUUGAGUGCACUUCAUGGUUUUAUAGCUCAGCUGAGUUUGAAUGGUAUGAAAAUGAGUCAGUCUGAGCAAAACAAUCCGUAUGAAUCACCGGGGGGAAACAACUGGAAAUAAUUUCUUUGAUAUAAACUCUAGAUGACAUGAUUAGAGCUCUGAAAGCUCAAAUCAGCAGUGUUUUCUUGUAUCAUCCUCUGCUGGUAUUUACUGAUAGAUGUCUGUCUCCUUACUCCGGGGAUGAUCUCUGCGUUAUUUCUGCUCACUUUUCUUGCUGCUGUGAGGAAAAGCCCAUAGCUCUCCAAAUAAGGCUUUAGUGAGCUCCGACAGUAUUAAUAGAAUACGCCUGCUGCUGGGGAAUAUUUGUAUUGACUUGUUGAAAGACUUUAUCUGAUGCAUGCCGUUUCCAUGGCAGCGUGGGGGCGAGAUGCUGCGUGGCUGCUGCGGUUGAAGCUCCAUGGGCAGCUGAAGCUGGCUGGCUAAUGGCACUGAAGGAAGCAGGAGCUCACCUUUUUUAAUUGUCUCGUUUAGAGAAUUUCCAGCUGGUUCACAGUACUCUAGUCUCAUGAGUUGUAAUGGAGAACACACAGAUCUUGAAAAGACCCCUCUUUAUGGGGGUGUGCAUCACAUAGGAAUCUUCCCUUUGAGUGUAAAAGUACUUUUCAUCUGAAAACAAAACCAAAUUUUGCCUGAGUUUAUGUUGUUAUUUUAGCUUGUCAUCGUCUCGUUUCUAUCGUGGAAAAAAAGGUCAUCAAUCGAAUAUUAAUCGGCAUUAUUUUGAUGAUGAAAUUAACACUGAUACACAUCCCUAUCUAGUUUAUGAUUGGUAGGCGUGGGCAGCAGUACAAGUACCUGGUUGAAAGGUAAGCAUGGGAACUCACGGCUGGAUCAGCAAAUAAUCGCACAAAAAAUGGUGUGUUUUUUCAUAUUUAGAGUUUUCCAUGUGUGUCUUUCUACUGUUCUGACUUUGUUACACCAUGUCCCUGUUUGCAACAUUUCCUGAAGAAACAAUAUGAAUCCAACAAGUAGGGCUGGGCGAUAUGGGAAAAAGUUUAUCACAAUAUAUUUUUGAUAUAUCAGUUGAUAUCGAUAUAUAUCACGGUAUAAAAAGAUAAAUUUAACAGUGCUUUAUGGUACCGUGUCUUUUUUAGUACAAUAAGCUACUGCAUCUGUGAGGUCUUUGUGUCUCAUAAGGCAUUGUGCUAGAGAAAGCGGACUGAAUGGACUGCUGUUUUUGGGGUUACAGUGCUAUGGUUGCGUGUAGCUGCAGCCUGCUACUGCACAGUUGUUUGGUACUUGGUUCUAAUUCAGUAUAUGAUUGGCUCAGUGCGGAACGGACCUGGAGCAACUCCUCUUUUCAUUGGCUGUUCGUAUAACCUACCAAAACAUGGCCGAAGGUGGACGAUCGAAAAGCAUAUUGACCGUGUUUUAUAUUGAUAUUGAGGGAAAUUAAUUUUCAAAAUAUAUCGUUAUUGUUUUAUUUCCCAGCCCUACCAAAAAAACAAUUUUUUUCACCAUGAAAUUGGCACCAGUUACUCUGGAGGUUGCUGAUAGAUUCAUCUAAAUUUGUGAAAACACGGUGCCUUCAAAUUGAGUCCUGUUAACCGUAUUCAUGAGAAGAGACCAUAUGACAGUUUUAAGAAAUGGCAACGACUGUGAAAUCUGGUUUUACAUAAAUCUAGUUUCUCUGUUGUUUCAGCUAAUAAUAAUGAUAAUUUCAGUAUUUUCACAUGGAUCAAAAUCGAAAAAGUUUUUCGCACAUCUGGUGGUCUUCUUGUACUUUUACCUCUUGAAUGCUGAGCGUCUCAUUUCAGGCAGCACUAAACCAGCUCCAGACAUCUAUCCAACAGAAACAUCCACAUGCUGAGUGAUAAAGCGUUACUAGUUUGCAUGAAGUAUUUUUCCCUUUCCUUUGAUUCAGUCAGACUUUUUUGAUGUUUUAAUCGCAUCUUCACAUAUUGCAUUACGAUGAUAUUGCAAUUCAUCAUGCAGCCUUAAAAACUGUCAAGCGCCGAGGUGUGAAAUAAAAUGAUUUGAUACCGAGAUUGACACCCUGUAACAGUUUGAUCUGCGCUCAAAUGCUACAUCAUGCAGAGAAAUCCCUUCGCCUUUAAAAUGUUCUCGGUGAGCUGAGAGGAUUGGCCUUGCUGGACUCUGACAGAUCAUUUCUUUUCAAGGCCUUGUGCUAUCUCUCUCUGACUGAGCGCUCAUUAUACAAACAGUAGAUUCAGCUGUUUAACCUCAGGUGGCUGCGUUCAGGAAGAUGAUAAAUCUCACUAAACCUGUUAGAUGAAUAAGAUAUCAGUGAAAAAUGCUCUGCAAUGACUCAAAUGUUUUUGUCGCCACAUAGAAUAGAUCUGUCAAGCACCUCUACUGAAUUAAAAGAGUAAAGUUUGUUUUUGAACGUGAAAACUUUUGGUGCCUGUAAAUGAGCAAAUAUUGAUACUCUGAGAGUUUUCAGUGAAAUCUAAUCUUUUCAGCGAACACUUCAUUUGAUGUUGCUCUUCAUUCUAUGAGAGCCUUUUCAACCUAUUCACAGUAAAUAGUCCUUUGAAUAAAAGCAAAUUACUGAAAUGAUGUUUGGUAAGAACAGUACUGUCAAAGUAAAUACUGAACCAACCAAAUAAAAGAGGACCUGGGUAGUUUGAUAAAACGUCUAAAAAGCAGAAAGAUAGAAUAAUAUUUACCCAGUAUUACCUCCUUAAUGUGCUUUACCUUUUGUUUUUCUUCAGAGUUUUCCACAAGAAAGUCCCUAAUGCUCUGACAGAUGUUAAUUGCCCACUAAGCAAUAGACGGCUAUUAAACAUCUAGUUUUUUUAGACCUAAUUUCAACUGUCUAGAUUCUGUAUAUUUUUAGACGGAAUUUAGAUGUUGCACUUUAACCCAUUAUUUGAUAACUACGGUAUUUAUUUCAAAAAGCAUCUGUGAGUUGCAUAACUGAUCUCAAAAUACUUAACCAAAAUAAUUAUGAUAGCCGUUGAGCAAUAUACAGUGUAGUAUAGAAAUAGCCCAGAUUUAGACUUGGUCUAAAUUUAGACGUCUAAAAAUUUUUAGACCUGUGGUAGCCUGAUUUUAGACCAGUCGUCUAGGCUACAUUUAGACGUCUGUUAGAUGUCUUCUAGACCAUAAAAUGCUCAGAGGGUGUAUUUAACAAAGUUCAUUUGUUUAAUUGAUGUUGCUUAGAGAAGAGUCUUUAAACUAGUCACAAUAAAUGGACAUUUCCUAAUAAAAGUACAUAUGCUGUUAGGUAAAAAUAGAGCUGUCUGAGUAAAUAUCAAACCAGCCAGAAUGAAGAGGACCAUGGGAAAUAAACUGACGGUAUUUAUUUAAAGAGUCAUCAGUCUUCAGCAGUUCAGCUGGGGUCACUUAAACAGUUAGAUAAGAUGUCUAAAUAGCAGAUGGAGAGUGUAAGCUUAACUAAAUAACCUCCUUCUCUUUGUCUCACACCUCAUUUCUUUGUUUUCCCCGGUCAUGCAUCACUUUCAGUCCAUCUUCCGGCAGAUACUCCUCCCUCUGAGCGUGCUCGGUUUCUGCAUGGAGACCCGCUGAGGGGUUUUUGACUCCAUAAAGACGUGCUGUGUUUGUUCAGUUUGUUCCGGCAACAGAGAGGCCCGUGGUGUGAAUGUGAUUCAGCUGGCUGAUUCAGCCCAUUAAGUGGCUCUGUGAAAAGAAGGAGCUGCUGGCUGCCAGUCCCAGGACUCACUGUAUGCCUGGCACUGAAUGGAAACAAUGCUUUUUAGCUCUGGUGCCUUGGACACAUGACAGCGUGCAAGCUGUUUGAUAGGUGGAAACUUGGACCGGGGCCAUGAAACCCGGAGGUUCUAAUGUGCUACAAAUUAGAAAUUCAAGUUUUAGUUUGGCACACACAUGCAAGUGUGUACAAAAAGCCAACCCCCACUUGUUUGCCAAUUAUUCCUCCAGCUUCUGUAGCUUAGUUGGUACCGGACAAGAAUCAGGGAAACUGAGAGAAAUCAGGGUUUUUGGGAAUAAUUCAGUUUGCUAAAUGACACCUGACCUCAUCUUUGCACACAUUUUUCUUAAGCUCAUAAACAGUUUGUUGCUUUCUGACCUUUUUGAUGUAUGUAUCUGUAUGCGCUAAGGUUAUACAUGUUAAAUCGACUUCAACAUUUGUCUUGAGUUGGUUUAACAAAUUAGAUAGAUUUUUUGAUUAUUGUUGGCUUCAAUGCCUGUCGUAUGAUGUGUUUGAGCUGUAGUGCAGCCGCCUACUGUUAGCCAGAGUUGUACAACCUGGAUGUAAACACGUACAGGUCACAGAUGUUAUCUUGCAGUGCAGUAUGGUUUUUUUUUUUUUUUUUGAACCGAAGGCUUGUGGUGUAAACUCUGCUCAUAUUAGCUAGACAUGAUAAAUAAGUUUAACAUUAUUUACUUACAGUUAAACCAAUAAACACUGUAGGUUAAAAUUUAAGGCCCAAAUCCUCUGUUUUGAUUGUGUUUCCUUUGAAAGUUUUGUGCCUCCUUUAAGACACACUCCCAAGAAUAUCCUGUGUGCUUUAAUUCAUCUUAACUUGUUUACAUUUUCUCUCUUGAAGUCCACAUAUCAACAUGGCUUUGGUUAGUACUCUAGCCUGGAGAGGCAUUGAAUGAGUUUAGGAAGGUCACAGUGACAUGCGGUGUGAAGUACCUCUAUCAGUCAGAAGACCACAGAACAUAUUCAGUGCAGUCCACUUGGCAUUUGGGAGGAAUGGGACUGACUGUACAUUCAUUUCACAACAUUAAGACAUUAAAUGGUAGAAGAAGCUAGUUGAUCUCGAUUUCUAGAGACAUUUGGUAGGCAAAAAAACUGUGAAACUUUAGUAGAAGUUCAAGGACAUCCAUGCAUAAGUAACGUUUUUAUCAUCUGUUUACUUUUACCAUCAGUUUAUCUUUAUUAAAUGUAGAAAAAUGUCAUUGUUCAUGUUGAUGAGAACAUCCAGGCCAAAGAUAACAUCAAAACCUUGAAAUUUCCUGAUUUAUUACCGAUCCACAAAACAAAAGAACAUCACACCUCAUUGUCAACCUAUGAAACUAGCAAGUGAGAUCUUAAACAUAUCAGGAAAAUGAUUACUCAGGUGUUUAGUCAGCUAAGAUUUUCACAUCUGCUUUUUAUACCCUCUUCCGGACGUUGCAGGGGUCACCUCUGCAUUGUCUAUAGCUUAAAAGCAGGAAACUCUCAUCAACUUUUUGUCUACCAUUCUUGAACAGGAUGCAGAAAAAAAAACGAACAGACAUGCAUUCUCUGUCUUUUUCCCCCUACAGAUUGUGUCCAAUGUGCUGAUCUUCUCUUGCACAAACAUCGUGGGAGUGUGCACACAUUACCCCGCUGAGGGCUCCCAGAGGCAGGCCUUCCAGGAGACCAGAGAAUGCAUCCAGGCUCGCCUCCACUCCCAGAGAGAAAACCAGCAGCAGGUGAGAGCCGGGACAUGUUCAAGGUGAAGAGGGCAGAAGUAGGAUCCAGAAAGCAAGAGAUAGAUUACCGAUCCAAUCCCAUGGUGUUGUUUUUCACUCAUUUCCUGGAGGUUUGCAUGAUAGCUUUGAAAAUGGUGUACAGUUUGUUCCUUUGAGAGGGUUAUCAACUGUGAAACGUGCUGCUCUUAUCAGAUUUGUGAGACAAAGAAAAAAGUAAAUCAGGGUUUGACCCAGGGCAGAACAGGAGUGUGAUUUUUAUCACUAUUUGUUGCGAGUUGUUGCACGGAGAAGAGGAUGUGAUUCACUUGAAUGUUUUGUUUUUGACCACAGAGAACAAGCCCAUGAUUUUAACUAGCACUUUUCAUGUAUUUAAAAAAAACACAAGGCCACACCGUGGGAUGAUUAUCAAAACCUCAAUUUCAACAUUAAUGAGCCACUUGCUUAAAUGUUGACUUUUGGCUACUUUUCCACUUGUAUUAGGUUAGUUACAGCUUGUAGGUGUUACUUUGUACACAGUUUUGAGGUCAGAGUAUGCCUUUACAGAACACUUUUUUCUGAAAGUGCCUUUGAGAAUUUUCUCAUGUUUAUUUAAUUGACUGAAAUGCAUUUUUUAAUUUUUUUCAUGAUAUCCAAAAGCAAGAAGAGUGACAAUUUGGGUGUUAUAGUUUUUAGUGCCUGAACAAAAAGGGGUAGGUGUCAGCCGAGCAGCUACAGAAUUUAACAUAAAAUAUUCACAGUAAAUGAUAUAUUUGACUGUUAGAGUCAGCAGGAUGAGAUUUUUGUCAAAAGAUACUACUCAGGUAUAUAGAGGACAUGAUAAUUGAAGACUGUUUUGUCCACAGGGGGCGCCAAAAUUCACACAAAACCUCAAGUUCCUGACUGGAACUUUAAAUCUGGAAUUAAUACGUGACGUUUGACUGUAUUUACUUCAACUUUAAAAGUGCGUUACACUCUAAAGAUUCAUCUCUUUCAUAUUUUAUCUUCUAUGUCUAACUCUAACCUUAGCUCUGAUUCACCUCUCUCAAUAAAUAAUUUUACUUGAAGAAACAGAUUCUCUCUUUUUAUUCUAAAGGUAUUAUUUUGUAUUUUUAAACUGAUUGUGCGACUCUAUUGAAAACAUAGUGCUCCACUCAUUUACAUGGGCCUUUAUUCAUGACUAAAUAUUGCUUGUUAGUUAUACUUCCCCUCCAUCUCUUAAAGUACUCAAACUCGACCAUUCAACUUACUUUCCCAUCAUGCUCUCCUCUUUCAGGAGCGUCUCCUGCUCUCAGUGCUUCCCCGCCACGUCGCCAUGGAGAUGAAAGCUGACAUAAAUGCAAAGCAGGAGGACAUGAUGUUUCACAAGAUCUACAUCCAGAAGCACGACAACGUCAGGUAACACCGCCCCCACUGUUUGUCCCACCCCACCCCCACCCUUCCCCACCUCACAUCACAACAGCCAGCAGGUGGGAUGAAGAGGAGAAACAGAUUGAAGCUGCCAUAAAUAAAGCUCUGUAAAUCAUUUCAAGCUCUGUGGGCUUUCAGACAAAGUUCAAGCACAUGCAUUGAGAUACAAAACACUGCACUGCCUUCCUUUUAAGAGAUAACUUAUACACAGAAAAUUAAAAUUUAAUGUCCUUCUGUGUUGGGAGGCCUUGGGUGAGUUUUGACCGUGAGAGGAGAGAGAUUGAAAUUUUCUGGAGGAGAUGUUGUACCAUGCCUUAUUUGAUUCGUACAAUGUUAAGUUUUUAUUGCCCGACUGAAAUCAGAUUCACAAAAGCCAGAGCUCAUUUUUGUUGCUAUCAAUAUUUAAAGCAGGAGAUAUAAGCAUCACAAAAAGAAAGGUACAGAGACAUUUUCUUGGAGGCAUAGAGGAUCUAAACUUCCUGCCUGGGUUGCAAUAGAUGGAUUGUUUGUGAAACGCAAGCACAGAUCAGCCAUAGCAGUAUAACCACCUGUCUGAACUAGACAUCUCAAGAUGAGCUGUAGUUUCUGACACCAAGACACUAUGCUCUGUUGUCCUGAUGCUCACACGCCCAUACAAGGUACAUUAGGUGGUGAACAGAGGGCAUAUCAAUCAAAUUUUGAUGCACUAUCUGUUCUGACGCCUCUCUAUCAGAACCAGAAGUAACUUUUCCAGUAUUGUGAGCUCCAGUAGCUCUCCUGUUGAAUCAGACCUCGCUGGCAAGCCUUGGCAUUCCCACACGCAUCAAUGAGCCAUGGCCGCCCAUGACCCUGUAGUGGGUUCGCUGGCUUUUCUUAGGCCACUAUUGCAGACCGGAACACCCUACAUGAGCGCAGUUUUGGAGCUCUGACCUAAUCAUCCAUCCAUCACAGUUUGGCCCUUUCGUGGUCAUUUCACUUGCACUUGUGUCUCUUUUUCCUUCAUAUUGGGGAUUAUUUAAAACAGAAAAAUUAACUCGGGUUAGUAAGUGGCUUUAGCAAACAUUAGCUGUGUCAUAAAGUCAGGUAAUUGGCUGUCAUGUAUGUUUUUUUGUACUUGAUCAAUCAGAAAAGGGUGAAAUGACCACAUUUGGUCAGAUUAUUGAGGUUAAAGGACUUGUAAAGUCUCUUUGUGUGUCAGAUGGUGCUAUGUGUUGGGUUUGGCUCCAGUUGUGGUCUUUUUUCUCUCUUGUGUGUACUGCGGCUAUCACAGGGUCAGACUAGACCACCAUUUUUAGACUGGAAGUAAUGUUUGGAAAAUUGAGCUCUAGUAAGAGAAUACAAUGGGGUGAUGUCCGAACAAGGUGAGAGGUUACAUCCGUCACAGGUGGAGUCUACACACCUUGGGAGAGAAUUUUUUUGCUGCGUUCGAGUUUCCUCGGAAGUCAGAUGUUGGAGCUUAAAAAUGACGUCACACCCGAGUUAUCAGCGUUUCAGUUACCAAGUUGAAUAAAAGCUAAAUCGGAGGCGGAAACAAGAUGGCUACAUCUACUGACGUUUUUUUAGUGCUUGCCUUGUCUUUGCUAUAUUCCGAAAAGGCGAGCGCUAAAAUAACUUUCGUAGAUGUAGCCAUCUUUUACUCAACUUGGUAACUGAAAUGCUGAUAACUCGGGUGUGACGUCAUUUUUAAGCUCCAACAUCUGACUUCCAGGGAAACUCGAACGCAGCAUUUUCAUCUUGAAAUGAUGCAAUCAUAGUCGAUCAAUAACAGCUUUUUUAACAUACUCGUAAUUAACGAGUCAUCUAAAAUCGUACACCUACAAGACUGUCAUACAGAGAAUAAUUUCAUGUGUGCUGGUGUUAGAUUUUGCACACUAAAGUUAAUCUGAAAUAACCUCUUUUUGAAAUAUUACUACAGUCAUAUUGAGGUCAAAGCAGCUUUUAUUGUUUGUUUUCAACAGAGUUUUUGAAUAAACAAUUAAUACACAUUGAUACUUCCCACACCCACACCCACAGGGAGAAGUGCAGGUGUUGCCAUGACGAUUGGCUGCAUGCUGUUUUCCACCUAUGCCUGAUUAGUGUCAAAUUAGCUGACAUGUGAGUAAAAUAUUGUAAAUUAGAAAUACGAAUAAACUUGUUUACUGUGCAUAAAAGAGCGUAGAAAAUUACCAGUUACAUUUAUGAAGAAAAGGAAAAGAAAUUUUUGCUUCUAAAAUAUUAAAAAAUCAGAGUAAAGGGGAAUAUUUCUACAUUAUAUCAUCGCUCUGUGGCUUUUGAAUGGCCACCUAAAACAAAUGAUGGUUUUAACGGGAUUGAAUGGAGUUAUUGAAUCAGUGGGUUCUUGUUUGUUAGAGCUUUUUCUUUCUCUCUAAUCUUAUAGUUCACAUGUGUUAAAAAUAAACUUGGUCAGACAGUUGUGUAUUCAAGUUACAAUAAAACAUAUUCAUGUUUCAAGUUUGUACAGAUCUCCUUUUCAUCUACAGGUAGAGGUGGAGGUGAAGAAAAUGACACCUGGUGGUGAAGGUGAUAGGAGGAGGUGACACCUCUUCUGAAAGCGUGUCAGCUGAUUGCUCUGUUUGGGAACUGCUGUUAUGAACAUGUGCGAUUCUGUUUCAUAUGCACACCGUGUAACAUCACAGAAACAGGUUCAUGCUCUCAUCACUGCAGUCAAGGACAAAGUCUGCCAUGAAUCUUGCAUCAGUGCACAAUUUUCAGUUAAAUAUAGUGAUUUGCAAACCAUUAAAAUUUGUUUUCAUUAACAUUUUAAGUAGUGUCGCAGCGUCUUUCAGAUUGGGGUUAUGUGCACAUGUUAGGUAAAGGUGCAGGUAACAUUUAUAGUCAUUAAAUGAUAAGACCAAAAUUUAUAAUAAGAUAGGAUAUCAUAAAGUAGGUAAGGAUUUAAAAAAUAUAUACGUUAUAACAGGGUUAAAAAUAGGGAAGAGGAGUUUUUUUUUUUUUUUACGUUGAAUAGCUUUUGUGACCCGUCAUGCCAUCUAUUGACCCUUUAUUGAUCUAUAAAUGGUGCAUGGGUUGUCUUUUCUGACAAAGGUUGUCUCUCAUAUUUCGGUCAGGGUUCUUGUAGUCAGAGUGAUGUAGUGCUGAAUAACUGGCUCACAUUAUUUAGGUGCAUAUUCUGCAGCUUUGCUUCAUCACUAUGGACAAUUUGCUUAUAUAGUAGAGAGUCAUAUUCAGACACACAGAUUCAGCUGAGGUGAGGUUUGGCAGCCCCUUGUGGAGUAUUUUAACACUACAUUGAGGUGACUGAGACCAAGGUUUGUUAAACCUGUGCGUAUGAUUGUGUGUGCUUAUUUGUGCAGAGGGAAUUUUAAGCCCUGCAGCUGUUACAGUCAGGUGAGAGCCCAAAUCUCACUGUGUAACAGCUGCUAUUGAAGCCUUUUUACGGCUUUGAUGUGUCCCUUUGAAUCCUCAGGGGUUAGAGCAUCAGGUCACGUACUCAGAGCUUGCACACACAAAGGUCCUUUGACAAGUAUUAAUGUGAACGUGGUCAGUAAUAAUCUUCUUUUUGUUGUUUGAGUUUUAGGCUUUAAAAAAAGAAGUACAGAUUGCUUUUUUUGAAGUAGACAGAGAUGGGAAACAAGGACAUUUCCGGAGCCUGUGAUGGAAGUUUAUGAAACCAAAUGAGAGAACACACAUGACUGUUUAGCUAAUAUAACCAUGCCGUAUUGAGGAAGAAGGGUCAUGUUGGUUCAACAUAGAUUUGUUCAUUACUGCAGCUAUCACUGUUUCAUAAUAAGAAGAGGAACACAAACAGAAACCUGCGUUUUUAGAGACAAAACUGUGAAAAUGAGGCUGAAUUAUUGGCUUGUUACUGUAGAGUGUCCUACCGCCUUUUUUUUGUGACUCACUGGGGAGUAGGAGGCACAUUAGCAGCAUCCGCUAAGCUUGGCUGAACUCUGUCUGUGGUCAUGAGUGUGUGGUUAAUGGGUAGCUAACCAGGUGUGACCGGGCCUGUCGGGGAGCGGGCAGUGGCUUGUGGUAAUUGGGGCUCUGCUGAGAGGCCGAGUAACAACAGGAAGAGAAGUGACAGCUCCCACAGCUGCAGCUUCGCAUUCAGAAGGAUAACAGGGGGAUGAAGGGAGGUGGAGAGAGAGUUUGGAGAGCCUUACUCCAAACCUAGCAUAUGUUUUUCACUACUCCUUGAUUUUUGGGGCUCUGAUGAACAGCUGUGUUGGCCGGGUAUCAAAGUCAGUUUGACAUUACUGUAUAACUCGCAUCCAACAAGAAUCCUCAACUGUUUGUCUUUCAGUUCAGAUGAACACUGUUACAAAACAAGACGCGCUACGGAGGGUAAAUUCACCUCACACAAGUAAAAACAAAAUAGAUGAAAAGUAUAGUAAUGUAUAGGGCCAUGGUGAUAUGAAAUGCUCUGUCUGGACAACUUACAGUAUCCAAGAACACAACAAAUACAGAUUUAAAGAUCUAGUAAAAGAACAUUUAUUAGUCCAACAGCUCCUUAUUUAGAUGAAGCUACUUUGUAGAAUCAAUCAGUGUUUGUCUGACUUAAUUGAAAUUAAUUCAAUUAUGUCCAAUGUAUGUUAAUAUUUGAACAUCUGAUUACUUGUGACACUAUAACUACACUGUGAAAAUGAAUAAGGUCCAGUCAUAUGUGUAUGUUGUUUGCAUUAUUGUAGUUUUGUUGUUUUGUUUUUGUUUUGUAGGCUGUUGUGAGUUGUUGUGGAUAUUGACGUUGUCUUUGUGUUUGUGGCGUGAUGUUUUUUUUGUGUCUUUGCACUGCAAUGGAGAGCUAAUUGUAAAUAAAGACUCCAGGAAGAAUAGCAAUGGCCUUAGCCAAAGCAACCAAAUAAGGAAAUGUAAAUAGCUUCAUUUACUCUUGCUGCAGAAGGGACCAGGCCUUUAUAAGAAGCAGGCUCAUAUAAGAGGCAGGUCUGUAUCAGGGGUAUACUUCUCUGUCUGAGAAGUGUAAUCCCUCAUAUUUUGGUAAAAAUUGGAGUCUGUUAUUUUUUCUAAUCAACAAACCAUGUGCAAGGAGUUAAACGCUUUUCCUGCUUCCUGUAACUUGACUUUGUGUGACUUUGUUCAUGGCAGAGGUUUAGUAACAUGUUUGAUCUACUGUACUCUUUCCUGAAAGUCUGUUGGGCCCUUUUGAGUAAAAUGACGCCCCGUGGCUUCAGCAAUUAGGACUAAUAUUUCUGCUGACUCAGGUGUUAUGAAAGACGCUCUCUUUGAGCGGAUGUUUUGAUGCUGCCGGUCACCCUGCGAGGGAUUAGAAGACACUGAAAACAUCGUGACUCCAGCUGCUGUGUGCGUUAUGUAGGCCAGCAGCACCCUGAAGAGACGGACAUGGAAAGAACAUUGCAUAAAUUAAAAGAGCUGCCCUUGUCUUUGCUCCACAUGUUCUUACUGAAGAAGGGACAGGAACUGACACAACAUAGCUGACAUUUAUGUGAUUUUGACUGCGUGAUUUUAAUUAUGAGUUACUCUGUUACGCAAGGCCUGAUGUUAUGCUGAUAGGAAGUAGACUUCCCUGAAAAUCUAUUUCUUGGAAAGAGGACAUUUUGUAUUUUCCAUCCUCUUUACACGUGACUAAAAAACAAACUUUCAUGUCGAACCAAGAUGACCAAAACACCCAGUCUGACGUUAUAAUGUUGAAAAAGAGGUGUGGUAGGAUGAUCAGCAAGUCAUUUGGAGUCCAAGCAGCUCAGCUCCUGCUCAGCUGAGACUCAACCCUCCUACUUGUGAAAAUAAAUUAUACUCCCUCAAUCUAUACAUCUGCCCAUCCAUUCUCUACUGCUGAAAUUAUGAUAUUUGUUUCUGUAAAUAAUGCAGCUCUGUGUUUUUUUUUUUACAAUGAUUUGUGGACAGUGAAACUCAUUAUAUGCAUCAGAUUACCUACAAUUUUACAAGUCACCGUUUAUCUUUUUUUGACUACUGCACUCAGAAUCAACCUAAAUUAAUAUAUUCAGGAAAUAUCAUCUACUGUAACCCAAUCUGGAAAGUGUAUCAGGUACGACCUCUAUAAAUUUGGCUGUCUAGGUCUUCAUUGCGUGGAGUAGCAGGGAUGGAGUGGGACUUGUUUUCAUGGCUCGGACCAACCCUCUUUCUGGACCCUUUUCAGAAAGAAUUAGUGUAGACUUUACUCUUUUCUUACGUCAACAUUGAUUUAAUUCUAUCUGCCUGCUCUGGGGUUUGGGGCUCAUGGUUGAUGCUUGGUGGUGACUCCUCCUCACUUUCUCUUAUUACUAGUCUGAGACAAAUAAUCUGGGUCUGUAACAGAUCACUAUUCCUGAUCCUCUUGGAGCCAGUUGGAGGUAUCAAUCUAUGUGGAGGAACAAAACCAAAAGUUUCUGUUCGUCGGGCACAAACCUCCCCAAACAAAUCUACUCUUUGUCUGUUGGAGAACUUAACUGUCCAUUGAAGCUCUAGUCAUAUAAUGAGAGAGCCUACACAUACCCAUUCCAGUCUGUAUGAUAUCUUCACUGUCACUGUAAACCGACUAUCUCACCCCCACAGCCAGCAAGGCCCACUGGAAAAUGUCCAGCCACUCGUGACCUGGUAGCAGGUGUUUUUACGGUAGACUCGGGUCAUCCAGAAGUACAACUCCGCUUCAUCAAAGAACAUGAUGCUCCUGGUUUUGAAGUCGUACAAAUUGGUUUUGUGACAUAAAGGAAAGUUUAAUGAAAGUACUCUUCACUGAGUGCAAUUUUCUCUUCAGACUCACUUGAACAUACCAUUCUCUCCUCCUGCCGCCCUCUCUCCGACAUCACUUCUUCCGCCAGGCGAGACAGACCUCUCCCUUAGCUCAGACUCGAUGUUCAAGUGUCUAGUUACCUCCUUUACAACAAUUCACAGAAAGCAAUCAAUUAUUCUCAGAAACAUGUCCCCCAGAGUGAGGACUCUUAAUCCUCUGCAGCCUGAGACGCAAAUUGAGCAAAUUUAGGCCUCUUGAAACUCGUGUUAAUUAGAACAUGUUAGUGUUCUUGACAUGUGGGCAGCUAGGGUGAAAAAAAAAGUCUCUGAACUCUGGAAAAAAAGCUGCUUCAACACUCAGACAGAAUGAGUGUCACAUAGCCAGCGUACAGACUCCAACUUGCAUAAAUAAGACCAUAAACAAUUGCACCUCCUUCCCACACAUACUGUACAAACACACUGUGUUCCUGGCUGUGUGGCAGCCACCUACCCUGUGAGAUUCAUGUGAGCCUGUUGGGUCUGAAAUCUAAGUUUAUUUAUAAAUCUCUCGUGUCCUUCCUGGAGCUCUGGCUCACAGAGUUUCUUCCACAUACGUCUGACUUUUGCAGCGUGUGGCUUCAGAAAAUCACAGUGAGAAUUCAGCCUUUUUUUCCCCCCAAGUGCUAUGAACAAUUUAAAGCAGUAGGAUUUGCAAAGCCUCCUCAGGUGAGCUGGGAUUUCACGUGUAAGACUUUACUAUGACGGCAUUAUGCGUAUAAACAAGCUCUCUAACCCUGACCCUAACUCUAAUGCACCUCAAAUGGAACAAUGGAACAUCACUCUUAACUUAACUAGCGAUGCGCAGAUAUAUGUAUUUUGACAGUUUUUUUUUUGUUUUUUUUUUGGUACAGGACGCAAUAUUCUUUUUUGUAGGAUGGUAGGGGAAAGUCCCGCCUCCUUCUCCUCUGAUUGGCUAGAAAAGCUGGAAUCAUCACACGCUCAAGCCAAACGCAGGCUGUUGGCUCUGUACAUCGAACAGAACAUUACAGAAAAUUAUCACACUUAUGAAUCUCCUAACCCUUACCCUAACCCAGUGGUUCUCAAGUCCAGUCCUCGAGCCCCCCCAUUGUCCUGCAUGUUUUAGAUGUUUCCCUGCUCCAACACACCUGAUUCAAAUGAUCAGCUCGUUAUCAAGCUCUGUAAUGGCUUAAUAACGAGCUGAUCAUUUGAAUCAGGUGUGUGAUGAUGACGUUUCACAGCUAUUAUGAAUAACCAAUCGGAGCCCAGCACUUCUAGCCAAUAGGAUGAAAGCAUUCAGGCGUCUCUUUGUAAACUGAAUAUUAUUGACUGAUGAUGACUAAUGAGGCUUUGGUCUCAUACAGGAAGACAAUCUGUGCUGAGAGCCUAAAAAAACAGAUUUCACACUAGCCAAAAUGCAAUCCUAAAAUCCAUCAGAUAUCAUCAAACUAUGACUCAGCUUCAAUCCCUAAACAGAUUUCCGCUCAUUAAUACUGGCCAGGACAGAGAAUAGGAAGUGUUAGCUUGGAUAGGAUGUGGGGAUGGAGAUGAAUUAUGGGAGGCAAGACACGACAAAAAAAUAAAUAAAAUAAAUAAAUAAAAUCACAGUGAGAAAUAUGCUAUCAAAAUGUUAACAAACAGAUAUGCAGAUAUCUUGGCUAAUUGUCUUGAAAAUUAUUCUGAUUUCUCAACCUCAACUGGUCACUCUUUGAGUUUGAUCUGCUCACAUCUUAUAGAAAUUCAUUAGUGCUGUUGUGAUUUACUGGUAUCAAAAUUAAAGGUCUUAUCAGAUGAAUUAGUGUUGACAAUGUGCUAAAAACCAACAAACAUGCAUACCAUGUAUCGAACUGGGCCCUAGCAGGGGUCAGUGUAUUCACUUCAUUUCAAAAUAAAAGCAUUUUACUGUACUACAAGGAAAGCCAAGACAAUGUCACAAUAAAAACAUCACUGCAGUGUGUUGUUACCAAGGACAAGUGUAGUUGUCAGUUUGGAAGGUUUUUGGAAUUAUUUGUUAUGAAUAUUGUAAAAAUAUCAGGAAAAUAUUGUUAGCAUGAUUUUUUAGCUCUGAGUAUUUCCUGCUCCUCUUGUGAUGGUCAACUCUGACCUCUUGCUGAUAUCUUGUAGUAGAGCUGCUGGGACAAACUUCAGGUUGAGUUCAGGCUGUUUGUGUUCACCAAUGCAGGUCACCCUAAAAAGUGUGUGAUGUGCGUACAGUAUGUGACUAUAGCUUGAACCAGCUGCUGCCCCCUGAAACUCAGUUUAGUACAAUAAAAAGACUAAAAACCAAAGAGAUGUGCCAGAAGCAGCAUCAGUAUUAGGCUAACAGAUUUAUUAACACGCGGUGUCAGAGUUUUGUGAAAUAUCAAAAAAUUAUCAUAAAAAGGGUUUAUAAGUGUGGCCCAUUCAUGUAAAAUCUCUGAACAUAGUCACUGUGCUGCCGAAUCAGCAGUCAGUGGUUGCAUGCAGAGUCUUGAUUUGGGACUACUGCAUGUGGAGUUCAUCACAUGCUUCUGCCUGAGAGGAAGUCAGAAUGAACACACUCAUUGAGGAAAGAACAUUGAGUGUGAGAUAGGACUUGACUUAGUGUGAUGAAUGGUUAUAAUGCUGAACAGAACAACUUGAGCCUUUUAGGAUCAGCUUUGAGGGUUUAAUUUAUGAUCGAACACGAGGGCGCUAAGGACAUUUCUGUCUGUGCCAACUGAACUGCUCGGUCUACUCUUGGUGUUUCCAGAGAGAAAAGACUCUACCCUCUGGCAUGAUCUAACUCACUGCUUUUUUAGUGUUUGUACCAGUGUUUUAUGAACAUUUUACUCUUUUGUGAAAGUUUUACUUUGCAUGUCUUCCGGGGGAUUUGUAGAAGGUCAAAUACUGGGGCAGCCCCUUCUGGCUUUGUCUGUAUGUUAAAACCGAAAUAACGACCCUAAUUUCUCUUGUCUUUGUGUUUCUGCAGCAUCUUAUUUGCGGACAUCGAGGGUUUUACCAGUCUGGCCUCCCAGUGCACAGCUCAGGAACUGGUGAUGACUCUAAAUGAACUCUUUGCCCGCUUUGACAAGCUGGCAGCGGUAAGAAUACUGUCAAACACAACUGGACUGUAAAGUGUAACUCAUUAACUUUUUCACUCUUGUAGAUGAUUUUUAACUUUUCAAUUCUAAUUAAACAUUUACUAAAGACAUUGAAAUAUAUAUAUUUUUUUGUCGUUGCAUAAGGAUGUCAGGUAUCAGUAUCAGAGUGGUUAGCUGAUAUAGGCUGGCGUUGGGGUCAGCUGAUGUGAUGUGGGCUGGGCUUGACUUUGUGGCCUGACUGAACUAGCACUAUGCUCAAUUUUGUAAUUUCAAAUGGAGUAACACCGUUUAACUAAAUGAUGACAGUAGCUUGGCAACAGUGGACGAGGCUAAUGGGAGGUGGGUCGAGGGCUCAAAGGGCCAUUAUCUAAAAUGAGGCAUUUCAGACAAAGGCAGUAAUGAGGGUUUUUGAAGACACCAGCCCGAGAUAGAUAACAAGUUUUUUAAGCUGUGAAUUAUGAAACUACUGCAGAUGAUUCAGAGGGUCAAUAUGGAGCAUGAAAAUUAGCAAAAUUUUAUGUGGUUAAAAUUGUGUGCUCUUGAGGUUAAUAAAAUUACACAUAUUCAUGAAAAAACUACACCAUCAGUGAGUCUGUGGGAGUCAGUGUAAUAAAUAUGAAUAUACAGAAUCUGAAAUAUGUUGUUGUCAGAAUAUUUGGAUAAUAACCACCGAAUUAAAAAUAUUGGGUGUAGGAAUUUUUGCAGCUUUUUUGUAGAGUCGUCUUUUAUCAGUAACUCUGCAACAUGUUUUGAGGAAAUGUAAAUAUAUAUUAGCAUUAAGUUCUAUCUAAAACUUUUGCUGAUUAUAUUUAUCCCUUUAAUGCCUGACACCACAACUUAUGGCCAGAAAAUUCAAAAUUUUUUUGGUGCUUAAAUGUUUAUUUCACUUACAACCAAAAUCAAAAUGUCAAAAUAUAUUUAUUUAUCUUGUUUGAUACAUUAGAUGUUUUUGGAAACUGAUAAACUACAAGAGGGCAUUUUUAUCAUUUAUCGGGCUGUAUUCAGGUGUUUUUAGAAGUUUGUUGAACAUACUGAUUUGAUAGAAGUAUAUAAAAGUAUGUAUCAAAUAUGAUACAAAAGGAAAUAAAGGGUUAUAUGAAUAUAAGGGCUAGGAAACGGGGCUGCAUACAGAGAACUAGAUCGAGACAGACUCUUUUUAAAUUCCUCUUGCAUGAGGAGAACUAAAAGAGUCCAAUCUGUUUUGAAUCUCUUUUUACCGGAGGAGCUGUGGCUGCAUUUCAAAUAAGACCUUGAGGCGUGAUAUUUAUACCAGCACAACUGUCUGAAUAUUUGAUGUGUUGCUGAAACACUAGUGAUUUUGUGCUAAAUCAUCUGUGACACAGCUCCGGUCUGUCUGGACUGUGAUCAGCAUCGUGUUUAGAAGCAUGUUGACAGAGGGGCUAGUGAGACGCUGAUCAGACACAUCAGAGAGAACACAAAGUUCAAUGUUCAGCCGCCACAGGAGGGAAAAGACUGUGGCAUUAAAAAUGAAUAGAGCUUUCAAAGCAAAGUAGGAGAUUUUAAAGCAGCCAGUGUGGAGUUAGUCAAAGAGUGAGGAUUCUUAAUGAAUGCCCAGACUUUGCAGCAUCUGAGGUUAGAGCUGCAGCUGCAUUAAUAACAGAUAAUCAUCUUUAAAGACAUCACUAUCAGUUCCAAUGUCUUUAAGUUUCACCAACGACUCUUUGUAAAUAAAAAUGAUGCACCUCCGUCUCUUUACAAUGUAUGAAAUUUAAGCUAAAAUGUUGCUGCAGUAGGAGUUGCUGACAUACUUAAAAGCAGCUGCAUGUGAUAUCUCGACUAAAACCCAAAUUUAAAUAAUAAAAAUAUCAAAGAUGCUUCACGUUGAUCCGUACGACAACAGAACAGAAAACUGUUUACACAUUACAAGAUAAUCUGAUGGUUCUGAAGGUUAGUUAAUAAUCUUUCGGGUGAAGUGGUCACAGCCUACAAAAAAAGGAGGUGUAAAGCAAAGAGCGAGGAGCAUAUCUAACUCAAGCACUUGACUCUGAAACCAUAGAGCUUUAUUUUAUUUUUUUUUCCUUUGGAUAUAUGUUUAUCUAAUUUUCCCAGAAACGAAAAAAGAACACAUGAUAAAAAAAACAAAAAUACAAACAUACAUUGACUCACACACACACACACACACACACACACACACACAUUAUGCUCAAUUUAUACAGGCGAGAGAUUCAGGAGUCAUCUUAUACAGAUAAAAUAUGUACGUAAAAUAAAAAUAGAGUAAAUCAAGUGCACAUGACCAUGCAUAAUAGGCUCAUAUGUUCAAAGAAAGGUACAAAGAAGCAAAAACAUUAAUUAAAUCUAAUUAAAAAUGCCAUCUUUUAAAGCUAUGAUAGCAAUCCUCUCGUGAGAAUGGUAGAGAUAUUUAAACCAACAUAUGACAGAAAGGGUUCCCAUGAAUUAAAAUGAAAACCUUUCUGCAUUUUUGAGCUUUUUGAAUCAUGCUUAACCACUGCCCUACAACGAUACGUAUUCUGUGUGAGCUAAACACAAACAUUUGCCAGUGUUUAGAGAGAGAUGCACGAGAAUAUCUCCUCCUUAUCUGCCAUUUAUAUCCUGCAGGCAGACAUGUGUAAACAACAUCUCCGAUAUCAGAGCCUCAUAAACUACACAUUCAUGAAUAUUGAUGCUUUUUUUUUCCUUGUCCAGCAGAGUUAUUGUUUGUCCAGCUAAUGCUCGAUGCAUGUCAUUUGUUUAUGAAAGGUGAACUGAUGUGCUGAUCAAUAUUUAUGAGUCAAACAGGCAUAAUGGUGUUAUAAAGGAAGGAGGAACGUUGCUUCUGACACUUUUAUGUCCGUGCCAGAUUGUAUCUAAGAACACACACACACACACAAACACACACCGGACACAGAUAUUCUCUAGCUAUGCUCUUAACACAGAGAGUCUUUUUGUGUUUUCUUCGAGCCAUGUGCUGGAGAGACACUCAGGUGGCAGUCAUAAGACACAGUGUUCUCCCAGGCUGUAGAAAUACACACACAAACUAACACACACACACAAACACAUGUCAUAUUAUGGAUGUCCUGUACCCUGCCAGGAGGUCUUUGGGUCCUAAGAAUAAUGUGCACGCUCGGUACCAAGAUGCAACCGAUUCUAUUACAAGGUUUAGUGCCUGAAGACACAAUCUUCUCCGGGAAGCAGUUUAGAGGUGCAAAAACUCUGAUCCGAGGCCGAGUCCUCCAUAAGGGGUCUGUUUACUUUACAAAUAAGAGGUAUCUUGCUAUUCCAUCAUUGCCUCACCCUUGCUCGAACCUGCAAUCAUAUUUUUUGGCAUAAAGAACCUUUAGACAUGCAGAAUGUAUAUAUCGUAUCACAUCUAAAGUUGCUAUGUCUUUUUAAAAUAAUCAGGAUAUGAUUUAUAAAUGUUAUUUACAGAUUGAAUUUCUUUGCCGUCUGCUUUUAUAAAGGAUAACUUAUAUUCAUCAGUUAGUGUUUUCUUUUGUAAUUAAAAGCCGUGAUCAAAGCAUUUCCAACACUGAAAAAAAAGGAAAAAAAAAGGGGGAUUAUACAAACAAUCAGAUUUUAGAUAAAAUGACCCCUUAAAACACAAAAAUAUCAGAGGGCUAAAGCAAUUUUCAUUUAACCCCUUCAAUAGAAACUACAGUUUAUCAAUCAGUCAAUCAAAUUUUAUUUAUGUGGCACCAAUUCACAAUAGUUGUUACUUAAGACACUUUCCAGGAAAAAGAAAAAGAGCAGGUCGAGACCACGCUCAUUGUUUGAUGAAUUAUCAAGAUUUAUCAUGAGCAGGUGAACAUUCUUACUAUGUUUUUUUCUUCUCUAACAGGAGAACCACUGUCUGCGGAUCAAGAUCCUGGGAGACUGCUACUACUGUGUGUCCGGGCUACCGGAGGCGAGGGCUGACCACGCUCACUGCUGUGUGGAAAUGGGGCUGGACAUGAUAGAGGCCAUCUCGUAAGUUGGAACCAACAUUUAAUCACUCACUUAAAAAGUCGUAGCUUAACAAGAAGUUUUAUUUUUACUUGUGAGAGGUGGUGAAUCUGGCAGCAUAUGUAGUUAAAUAAUACUAAUAUUUGAUAUUAAAUGUGGGUUUAAUGAGACCGAUUACUUCUUUGUUUGGGUCCAAAAGUCUUAUAUUUGAGUAUGAAAAGUGAGUUCGAGCCCUGAAUGCAGAUGAAUAUGUAGUUAAAUGGAGAUCUUCUUUCAAGUCCAGAAGAGCAGGACAGUCAGUGGAAAAAAAGGUUUGAUAGACGAGGUGAUUACCUCCUCAUUAAGUUGUGGCGAUAUGUGAAAGAAAGAGCCACGGGAGACUCUUAAAGUUAAUUCAGUUACUUUUUGUACACAAAAAAAGCUGCAGUUGCACCCACUCGUCUUUAUAUAUCAGUCUGCUCAGGCGUUGAGGUCACUUUGAUUAGCUCAAGGCUGACCUGUCCAUUUUGUUGGCAAUGGUGUCAUUUCUUUUUGAAUGCAUUUUACUUUCAGUAGAAAAAUUAUUCGUUUGCAUGACUUCAUUUAUUAAACUAUACCAUGCCAGUUAGGGAAAGUGAGAGUGUAAUUGGGAUCGUCUUCCAGCAGAUAAUGGCUAUCACUUAACAGAAAAAAAUGCUUAUUCCUCUUUUUUUGCUCAUACUUAAGAGCAUUGAAACCACUGCUGGCUAAAAGACUAGGCCAGGUAGGUUAUUAGAAAAUCCAAAUUGUUAAAAUUUUCUUCAGAAAUGCUGAUAAUUGAGUUCUUGCUCUUGCAGAAGCUCCACAAACCCUUCAGCCGGUGGAAACAUUUAAGUCUCACAGUUCUCACAGAAAUUGUUUUCUAAAGCAGAGAUGACCUCAGAGGUCGUCCUCAAUCAGACCUCAGGGUCACAGCUCACAGAUUAGUCCAUUUUUCUGUUAUCUCUUCAGCAGUUAGGGGUUGUGUUUUUCCCUGCUUUUGUCUGCCGAAGUCGUACAACUGCUUAUUAAAGGCUGCUGCAGCAAAGGGAAUCAGCACAGCAGCCUCUUUUUCUGUCUUUAACCUCAGUCUUCUACCUUGUCUACAAAACAAUUGAAAGGGGAACAACAUAUUCUUUUGGAUUUUGGAAUAAAUCUGUGAAACUGUUGUCAUACCUCCAUGUCUGGUCCCUUUAAAAACUUCACCCAGCUUCAAUGCGUCUGUUUUUGCAGGCUGGUACGGGAGGUGACGGGGGUGAAUGUGAACAUGAGAGUGGGCAUCCACAGCGGCAGGGUGCACUGUGGGGUGCUGGGACUCAGGAAGUGGCAGUUUGAUGUCUGGUCCAAUGACGUCACACUGGCCAAUCAGAUGGAAGCGGGGGGCCAAGCUGGGUAUGUUUUGACUAAAACACUCCAAACCAGCACAUUGGUUUGCACAAUUUUUUAAGAUGCCAUCGUGUUUUAUUCGGUUUCAGGCGUAUCCAUAUCACCAAGGCCACUCUGAAUUAUCUGAAUGGAGACUACGAUGUGGAGGCCGGAUCAGGAGGAGAAAGAAACGCCUACUUGAAGAAGAACAACAUAGAAACCUACCUCAUUGUGGGCUGCAGCCAGAAAAGGGUACAGCUUUUAUUAUUACUUUUACAUUGAAGACCAAAACGCACAAGGAAGUGUUGCACCAUAUAUAUUUGGGCUUGUUCUCUGUAAACUUUGCAUGAGAAAUUAUGGGUAUCAUACAGAUUGAUGGGAUCAUAAAUAAAACUUUUGAGUCAACGCAUCAAAAAAGCUCUGACUUUAGUCCUUUUGCAUUUUAAGUUUGUACACGAAUGCAAAAAUCCUGGAUACUCCAACAAUGUUGCAAGAAAAAACAAACAUAUUCAGUGAUAGAACUUUCCUGUUGAAGAUGUCAACGCAUUAAAGCGGAUUAUGCUCAAUUUUUGUCCAUUAGGGGGCAAUAUAAUAAACAGUUUGAUACAGCACUGACAUAUUAUUCUAUUAAAAAGUGUUUACUUUUUAUGGACUUUUUCAGUUUUCAGCGACUUGUCUACAUACGUAUUUCAUAUGUUGUUUUCCUCAACAUCUUAUAUAUUUCAAGAUCUCCAAAACCCAAAUUAAAGCACUUACUUGUUUUUUUUUUAAAUUAUUAUUAUUUUUGUUUUAGCUCCAGAAUUUGUUAUUUAAGCACAGUAAUAGAAAUAUCCAGCGGUAGAAAGGAUUUUUAGAGAAAGGGGGUGUUUGUGAUGUGUUUCCUUUGUAUAAUCUGUAUAAAAUUAAUAAAAAUAUUGUUGAGUAAAAAGCAUUUCCUAUUCACAUCUAGCUUUUAGUGGUUUGUUUGUUAGAUAUUACAAAUGAUUUAUUGUUUAACAACCUGCAGUAGUUGAGUUCAGGCCGUACAGAAUUUAAUUUAUUAACUAAAGAGGACAGAAAGUCAUCUGUAAAGUUGUUAACUGUUAAAAAUGUGUUUUUUUUUCUUGCAAUAAAGUGUAUUCAUCCAUUUCCAUUGUUGUAUUUUUACAGAAAGAGGAAAAGGCGAUGAUUGCCAAAAUGAACCGACAGAGGACCAACUCUGUCACCCACAACAGCGGCCACUGGACUGACCGUCCGUUCUACAAUCAUCUUGGUGGGAACCAGGUCUCCAAGGAGAUGAAGAGGAUGGUGAGGAAGAAUGUCGAAAUGUUCUUUUAAAAUAAAAUGUUACAGGCAUCUGCUCUUAAGAUCUGCUAUUAGCGAUGCAGCUGACUCUCCUGCUAGGAUCCCAUUUGGUGAUGAAGCUGACACAUUGUUAAUACCCAUAAUCCUUUUGAUCUGCAGUCUUGAUUGGCUGCAGUAAUGGCCCUUCAUGGUGCACUUCAUCUCUCACAGCUCACUUCUUACUCUCAGGAGCACUCAGGGAGACAACAGCAUCAUGUAGGAGGAGGGAAAUAUACCCCUUUACUCUAGACUUCAGCCUCUCCCGGGCUGAAUUCAAUUCAACUCCUAAUGUAGCAGCUGCAGCAGCAGAGUGAUGUAACAAUAUCAGAACACACACACACACACACACACACACACACACACACACACACACACACACACACACACACACACACACACUGCAGCUCUCCCUCCUGUCGGGCAGACUCUGCAAACAGUGACUCACUCAGUGGAUGGGUUCACCCACACCUGACACACACACAAACCUUACACACAUAAACACACACACAGAGAAUUGGUUUUUGUUUAUUGUCAUAUCAUCAGUCCACCCACCCCUCUCACUGAAUCUAUUAUAGGGAGGAAUGUGAGGACGCCCUGGCUACAGGCAGGAUAAGUUUAGUUUUGCUUUGCUGUUUAACUCUGGCUGAGAAAAAGCUGUUGUGUAAAAAGAUCCAGGGCAUGUGAUGGAAAAUUAAUGUUAGAAUUGGGAAAUGUGUGCAGAAUUUAUAAGGUUUGAAACUUAAAACAGACAAGCAAAAUGACAGAUAUAAAAAAAAAACAUCUCUCUUUCAAAGAAGGAUCAGUUCUUCUUCCACAGGGACUACCCAAGGUUAGAAAAAAGGUUCAUCCAAGUCUUUUCAGAUUUGGCUUGAAGAUCGAACUUAAAGGGAUAUUCCAGCGUAAAAUUAAUUUAGGGUCAAACACAUUGUAACACCGAGUUAGACACCCCCUCCGCUUGCUUCUCUAGUUAUACCAACUGUAGUAACGACCGCAGGAUAGCAAUACACAGCAGUCUUAGGAGCGAUAAACAAACCUCAACCAAAAAGCCACAAGUCUAUAGCCACAAAUAAUGCUCAGAACAGCAUUUAACUUCAUCAACAGUACAUAUAGGGUCCUAGCCACAGCCCCAUCUAUCAAACAUCUUUUUAACUUCGUCGGCAACAUUAAUCUCUCGAGGCGGUGUCUAACUCAGUGUUAAAGUGUGUUUGACCACAAAUGAAUUUUAUGCCGGAAUAUCCCUUUGGAGUCUGUCUUGAAAUUUCGAGCUUUUCUGAAGAUGUAGCUAUAUUUCCAUAUUUCUCUAUACUUUAUUCUGACCAGAGGCUGAACAUCAGGACCCCUGAUUUUGCUUGCAACUGUCCAAGUCUGAUUCAGUGAUUAGUAUUCAUACAUUCCUUUAUUUAUUUAAUUUCUUUUUAGUAGAAUUAUUCUAUUCAUUUUUAUUCCCUUUGUAGCUACAUAUGGUAGCUACAGGGCAGGACAUUUACUUUACAGGGGCGCCAGAUGGUCAAUGCUGAAUAAUAAUGAGACAGAAUACCCCAGUCCGUGCAUUGAAGUUCUCAUAUUUCUGGUGCAAAGUAUUAAUAUCUUGGCUUAUUGUGACACUGCAUAUGCCAGACUCCUUGUGAUGGCGCUAAUGACCUAUAUCUGACUUUGGAUGACCCAAAGGUGGCCCUAUAGUAGUCGCACAGGGAAAAAAAGACGCAACUAUGAGCCAAUACAACUAUCAGACACAGGAAAGAGCACUAUCUGUUGAAAAUCAAACAGUGCUAAAACAAAUUCUCGGGAAAACUGACUCCUGACUAAACUCAACCUAAAAUUUUUGACUGUAAAGUGAAAAAAAAAACAUAGCUGCACGUUCUCUGCAUUAAAAACUCACAAAUCUGUCUCACCUCCUGCCUCUCUGGAUGAGCACAUUUCAUUUCUGCUCGCCACAUCAUGCCAGAAGCUUUUGUCUAUUUUUUCUUUGUUUGCCUAAUAUGAAUUUAACAUGUCACCAAAGUGUCUGCGCUCUUAAACCCUGAGUCUCAGAGAAAUAACUUUUUCCUUUAAACGUGACAUAAAGAUGAAGACCCCUGACAUCGACUUUAUUUACGACAUUUCAGCUUUACUUCAUCCUCAGCUUUUAUCUCUUUCCUGCCCAUCACUCCUUCUGUCUUUCUCUGUCUCUGUGCUGUUCAUUAAUCACACAGAAAAGCUCUGAAGAUAAGGCAAGUUGUGGCGACAGAGGGCAAAAGAGAGACAUUAAUAAAAAUAAGGGUGAAGGGUUGGUGCUCUGGAUGGAUUUUCUUGCAUCAUUUUUUGUGAAUCCAGGCACAGACGAAGCUGAGCAGUAAAUAUUUCAAACUUCAACUUUCCUCUACUGCUCUUUGUCUAAAUGCUCUCUACUUCUCUAAAAAAAAGACAGAAAAAAGACUGAGUCAAAUACUUUUAAUUCAUUAUCAUAAAUCAGAUUUUUUUUAGCUUUUUUUAUUGAUUCUCAAUUGAAUAGAUGUACAAAUUGAUGAUAAAACAAAUAGUUUUCUCUCACUCACUUUAGCCACCUGUGCUCCUUUAUUAUUGGCAUUGAUGUGUUUGUCCAAAAGAGGGAGCUAGAGGGACAUAUUUAUCACCAUGUGUAACAGAAUAACAUUAAAGUGCUAAAAGAUGAUGAUAACUUCCACCCACUUAUGUAAGAAGCGAAGAGGAUAAUAUGCUGAAUAGGAUUUCUGGCAUUGUGCAGUUGGAGUUUGUUGUAUUUCAGACCUGAACUUCGUCACUUUUUACUCUGACUCCAGAGAAAAGAAAGUACCUCCGAGCUGACAGGUGAAACUCAUCCUCACUCCGGAGCCCCUGGCUGUGCUGAAGACAUUUACUUUCUAUUAUAAUUACUGGUUGCCUGCAGCCUUUGUGUCUCUCUGUGCAGAACAGAGAUUGUGUGGGGGAAGAAAUGAGAGAUGACAAUCUUCAGCACAGCGUGGCGCAAAUACCUUUUAUUUCUCAGAGAUGUCUGCGGCCAAAGAAAACCUUGACUUCAUAUUAAACUGUUUUUCUUUUUUUUCUGUUGGCUCAGACUUGUUAUUGUUGCAGGUUUUUAUUCGCAAUCAACUUCAUAUUUUCCAUCCACUCAGUUUGAUGAAUACUCUUCACCUGAGAUGGUGUGUGAAGACAGAGAGAGGUUCAUUAGACUGCAUUUAAUUUAAAAGUAAUUACAUAUACAGGUAAAUUUAAUGAUUGACUUUAAGCUUCAGUGCUAUCCAAACUCAUUUAAAUAUCCAAUAUUGAUUAACCUUCAGACUUUAAACUAAUGAUUGAACUCCCUUAUUGUCUAUUAUGAGCCAAACUCAUAUAAUUUCUUCUCUCCUAACAGAUCUGUUCGCUUUUUUCUCUUUUUUAUGAUAUUAAAACACUUAGAUUUAUUCAAAUACAGAAAAAAAUAUACAUAUGUACCAAAAUAGAAAAGCAAGAAUAUCAGCAGUUAUCAGUAAUCAAGAAAAAAUAAACAAGUAAAGGAUGAGAAUCGAUAAGGUUUGCCAACACAUCCAUUUCUUCCAAUCCUUCAUUAAUUCUCUUGUCAAUUUCUGUAAAUUUCCUGUAUGGAAAAAAGUCCGCCUUUGUGAACGCCAUUUUAUUCUGAGUUACCUUCACUAUUCUGAGACAGGCCAGUCAAGCAUCUUAUUAGGUCUUCACAGGUGGCCUGGUGGCAGAUAAAGCAUCUGAUUGGUCACCAGACAACGAUAAACAUGGCAGCCUUUCAUUAGCAUUGUUAGCUAACAAUAAAAGGAAAAUAAAUAUCUAACAUUUUAAUUUUUACUCUCACUGCACAUUUUUAAACCUUUGUCAGUCUAUCACGGGAAGACGUGUGGUAAAGUUAAAAUGUUUAGUCUGUUUAAAGGUAUUCAGAUUGAGUUUAAAUCCAAUUUCCACCAGACUGUUUGAAUAUUUAAAGUGUUUCUCCUACUGAUUGUCCCUGUCUUUCUUUCCUCUGUCCUGCAGGGCUUUGAAGACCCCAAAGACAAGUGAGUACUGACUUUACCUCAACAUCCUUUCUUCUUUGUUUGCUUUAAUUCUUGUUCUUACUUUUUCCUCUGCUUUUAAAAGAACAAAAAGAAACAAAAGACCAUUGAAAUCAUCACGAACAGACUUGAGCGCUGAAGGGAAAUGUAGCUGACACUGUUAAUGAGAGGUGGGAAGUUUAAAUUAAGCACUUUUGAGUGCCUGUAUGAGUCACUAAGGGGGGUUAUAAAAGGAUGGCUGUGACAGAGGUAAGUUUAAUACCAGAGAAAUCUCUAAUCAGAUCACACUGCUGGAGCAUUUUAACUUUUGUCCACAUGUCUGUUCACGUCUGUUCUCCUGUAACCCAAAGAUUUUGUUUUGUGUUUUUAUAAAUACAUUUUUUUUAAUUAAGAAAAAUGAGUGCGCCUGAAAGACACAAGCUUGAGAGGCUUAAAAAUCAAAUUCAGUUCAUGUUUUACACAAUAACCAAAACAAUAAGAAACAAUAAGAGAUAUAUUACUUACUUAAAUCUUGACAUACUGUAUGUAUCAGUUUGUUAAAGUAUACUUUAAAGGAAUCCAGUAAGACAGUUUGUAAAGCGUUGAUGCUGUGUAGUUGACAAAGGGGUAGGAUCUCAUAAGUCUUGACUUCACCCUACUCCUUUUUGAACAUGAUCAUGAUAUUGGCCGAUUAUUGCCUGUUAGGCUUGUCUUUGAUUUGAUUGGAUUUUUUAAUUUUUAUUUAUUAUUAUUACUAAUAUUAUUUUCUUUUCAUAAAGCCUUGUUUUUUUGUUUUUUUUAUUACUUCAUCAUUAUUUUUAUCAUGUCCAAAUAAAAAUAAAGAUUUAAGCCCAUCAAAAUUGGCAGGUGAGGUUUAAGGUUAUUUGUGUGAAUUCAUGGCACAACAGCGAGACAAAUAAAUAAAGUUAAGAUUUAAAAACAUUGAAAGGAUCAAAAUUAUGACUGUACGUCUACAUAUACAGUCUUGAACAACAAUUAUAACCAUAAAUGGUUAGAGUUAAAUUUCAACAACAGCUCUUACAGCAUGAAUCACAUUUGCUUUGAAGUCAUUUUUUUUUUUAACUCACAUGAAAUUAUAGCACUGAAAACAUUUCAGAUAAAGUCAUAAAUAACAUUUAUGGUCAUCAGGUUUUUGCAUGAGAUGUAUUGUACUGCGUGCAGCUGGUGUAAAAACCCAAACAGAGCACAGAUGGUAACAGUGAUUCAUUGUGCACCUGGUUGUUACUGAAGCUCUGAAAGGAUGCUGUAAGGACUGUGCUGUACAAACAGUUCCUGCUGUCUGUUCUCCACCAUGGACUAAAAAAAAACAUCUUAUCUUGAUAAAUGAAGCACAGUUGGUGAAGAAGCCCUUGAACACACUUGAUCUGUAUGUAUGCAUCAGAUAAAAAAUGUCCUCUACCUUAUCAAGAAGAGUGAAGGAUAGCUGACAUUAUUAUUUCAGCUCUGUUAUUAGAAGUAGGAGGAAAUUCUGAUCCAAUAUUUCCAAAACACUGUACUGUUCCAAAUAGAUAAGCUACAUGAGUAAAUGAGAUAUACAAACUGGAAUUAAGGAUACCUUUUAAGGAUUUAACUCCAACUGUUUCAAAGAAAUUCUUCUCACAGAAAAGCUUUUAGCUUUGCAGACACGACUUGUAACUGGGUCAUUUAGUGGGUUAGCAGGGUCUGAUCUUGCACAUUUGGAGCCUGAGGCGAGCUUUUUCUGCAGUUGAAGUACAGCAAGUUAAUUCAUGAACGAAUAACAAGCUCUGAUAUAAGAGAGAGCAUCAUAAAUAAACAACCUCUCUGACGAAAAUUGCAAGUAACAUGCAAAAUUAAGUGCAAGAGUGAAUUAGACAGCAAAUGUACUAAGCGUGUCUCAGUAUACUGUUAUUGAGAAUAGCUGUCUUUUGUUAGAUUUAUUAUUGAUAUAGUGCUAAAUUUGAGCGUACAGUAAAACCGUGAGUUCAUGGUGGUGGUUCUUUAAAGGUAGGGACCCACUGCGCAAUGCAACGUCGAAAUGACGUUUAUAUAACGUCUAUAUAUUGUAAUUUUUUGACGUCUAAAUCACGUCUCCUGAAGGUGCAGAAUUAAAGUUUUUUUGACAUCAUUUCGACGUCCAAUUCUGACGUCUUGUGGACGUCCAAAUCGGACGUUGACAUGACGUGCAAUUCUGGUUGAAAUUGGCCAUCAAAAUCAGGUCCUCUGGAGGUGCAGAAUGAGUUUUUUUUUGAUCUGGUCUGGUCUAGACGUCUGAGUGACGUCUUGAUGCUGUUGAAAUUAGGUGCAGAAUGAAAGAUUUUUUUUACGUCCAUUUAUGACGUGGUCGAGACGUCUGAGAGACUUCUUGAGACUUGGUCAAAAUGAGGUGCAGAAUGAAAAAAAACUUUCAUUCUGCACCUCAUACUGACGGCGUCAAGACGUCUUUUCGAUGUCCGUUGUUUGGUGUGGAGGAAGUUAUUGUAGCACGCUAAUUUUGUUUGGGCUUGUGAAUGUUAUUCGAGGAAUUGGAGCGUGCCUCACAACGUGAUGGAGCGGCAUCUGCCUCACAACCAAUCAGAAUGGGGGAGGCAGAGAACGGCUUUGUUUACAGUCAGAAAGAGCGGGCAGCUCAGAAAUGUGAAAAUAUUGACGACACAGACAUAAGAGAACACAGUGAUAUCGUUAUAUUCCUAAAUGUCAUCAAUAACUAAUAGCUAUUGAUUGAUAUUAAAAGCUUUUUUGUAUAUACACCACAAAAAAAGGUGCGUCUUAAACGAAAUCCUUCCUACCCCACCUUUAAGUGAAAUUUCCUGCAGGAUCAAUAAAGUAUCUAUCAACCAGGUCAACCCGAUCAAAUCCUUGUGGUCUUUUUGUCACAUUUCUUUUCGGCUUGAAUCUCAACAUGAAAAAUCCACAAAGGAGAGCAGUGACACUUUAAAACACUGGAGGAGAGUUUAAAACAGAAGUCUGUCACUGCUCUAAGACCUGCAGUCAUUCAUAAAGAAGCCGUCCGCUCUUCCUCUUUAACCGCCCUUGACUGUUUGCUCUGACAUCACACAGAGCCGGAGCGUCCCAGCUGACAGGCUCCGCUCUGGACUGCAGCACACAUCCUGCUCCAGUGUGCAGACAGACAGCUUCUGGAGUUUAGAGCAUGAACACGCUGCGUUUUUAUCACGCUCCGCUAGAACCCAUCACUGCUGCAAAAUCACCGCUGAAUUUGCAGCUGAGUGUUGUGGUGCAGUCAGACUCUCAGUCGUCACACAUUUUACCUCCUUUUUUUAUGAACUGGUGAGUCAGAGCCUCUGACCAACAUCAGACCUCGAAUGUUAACUAAGUUCUCAUGGGAGGGAAACACAGAGAGGAAUGAUUUAUUUACUAGUUUGAAAACUUCAUGUCUGAGCCCCUUUUUAUCUUUCCUUUAUCUGCACUCUCCAUCAUUGCAGCUUUAACCACACAGAUACAACUAAUACAAAUGUCCAUAUUAUUGUCCAUAUUAUCCACAAUAUUGGAAAUGAGUCUCUAAGAAAGUCAAGUUAAGUGUAUCUAUCUAUCUAUCGAUCUAUCGAUCUAUCUAUCUAUCUAUCUAUCUAUCUAUCUAUCUUAUUUAGGUUUAGAGUUAAAAAUAUGCAAAAAGGAAAAAAAAAAAGACAAAAAAACAAACAAUUUUUUCCUCCAAAAAAAAAGAGAAUCCCUCAACUUUCAUCUCAAUCACUGCAUCAUUUUCACAGGCAGAUAACACUUCAAUCAUUGUACACAGAAUGGCUACUGCUGCUGCCCUCUGGUGGCGUAAAGGAUCAGCAUCUGCAUUUCUUUGCACAAUAUUUCUUUUUCAUUCUCCUGUUAGUUUUAGCUGCUUAUAAAUCGACUGAAACUAAUAAUAUGCUUUGCACUGAUGCCAUCAGCAGAUAGUCAUCUUCUGUGUCACAUCCAGGCUUGUAUAUCUAACAGCUAAUUUCACAAAGGAGGUAUUGGUUGGAAUAAUAGUCACCUGUCUGACAACCUCUGAUUUUCUACUCAUGGUAAGACAUGAAAUAUAUGCAGCAUGGAAGUGUGCAUCUCUGGGAGACAACAGCAACAUGCAGUUUGUAAAACAAGAUCUAAAAACUCUUCAAACAUCUGAAUAAUAGACUCUGCAGCAGCUCUGACUUAACUUUCAACAUGAAGUUCUUAUUUUAUUUCAUGCAUUUCUGUUUUUGCUUCUGCAUUCAUUCCCAUAAGAUCAGAACUCACACUCUUAACACAGUAAUCACUGCGAUCACAGCGGCAUGACCGUCUCCAUCAGCUGAUUAGCACUUUCCAACAAGGCCGCAGAAUCUCAAUCAGCGAAAGUGACACUUUGCAGAUUCUGUGAUUAGUCCAAGAUGAACCGCCCUAUCAGGAGCUUUUAGGAUUUAGUUGAGUGACGUUUUUUUAGGUCAAUUGGUCCUUUUUUUUUCCCCGUGAGAAAUAUGACUGCACCUCAGAGCAGUUUGUUCAUGUGACUGUGCUGUGACUUCAGCACAUCUAAAAAAGGGAAUUAGCCGCUGAGUGCAGAUUUUUCUUGUAGUCUGAAGAGUCUUUUCUGUCAUCUGGAGAUACGAUUGUGACCUGCUCUCAUCUUGUGUUCUUCAGACAUUUUAUUUUCAGAAACACGCAGGAAAACCUGAACCCAGAGGACGAGGUGGACGAGUUCCUGGGCCGGGCCAUCGACGCACGCAGCAUCGACCGUCUGCGCUCUGAGCACGUCAAGAAGUUCCUGCUCACCUUCAGAGAGCCUGACCUGGAGAAAAAGGUCUGAACACAAUCACACAAACACACACACAGUGACACACACUGCCAAUUUAGCAGCAAAUAAUUGGCCGUGACAAGCAAUCUUCCCUUUGCAGAAAGCUCCUCUGCUGCUCGCUCUUUUUGUGUCCCUGGAGGAAGUCAGUCAAAGCAGAGUAAAAGAGAGAAAGAGAGAGACUCGGGCUUUAAAGAGAGGGGAGACGGCUGCUAAAGGGAAGAGGAAGUAAAGUGUUUCAGACAGUGAAGGACAGGCUCAGAGGAGAGGUGAAGGCUCGGGUCGCUGCAGCAGAGUUUUGGGAAAACAGGAAAAGUUUCAACUUUGAAUUGCUUUCUUCCUGUCGUGGGGAAAGAGUCAGAAAGUAAAGAGCAGAUCAGAGGGACAAUUUGUGAGCCUUCAGUUUGCUGUGGAGGAGAAAGUUUAUUUUUCUGUAUUUCAGGGGAUCUUUAAGAGGAAGAUGUAUCAGGUCUCUGUAAAGUUGAUGUUUUAGCUGUCUCUGAAUCUCUGGAGUUUUUCUGAUGAUUCAAAACUUCCACUUAUAACUGUACUUGUUUUCAAAAUAAGAAGAAUGAAGUCCGUAAGUCUGUUUGUUGUGGCUUUUGUCAAUUAGCGAUAAUGAAAAACAAAUCUGUGCUGACAAUCAAAGGAACAGUCCCAACAGAUUUAGGAUGAGAUGAGUUUAUAUACAAAGUUAGAUAAAAGAUUAGAAUUAUAAAAGCUUCCAGAGUGUUUUUUUAUGUUUUAUAUUCUGUAAGGGUAAUGAAGAAGGCACUUUUUUCACAUUUAAGCAACUUUAAGUGCAUCCAGUGGGCUACAUUUUUACCUUUUUCCACUGGAGGGAAUCCAGGGGGCAUAUUUUUAUUCCUGUCCUCCAGCAGGUCAUUCAGACGGCACUAUUUUUUGAUUUAUUGUUUUGGAAAGCAGUUACUCAAGACAUUUUCAUGCUUUUUCCAUGGAAAGAGUUCCAGAUAAGACAUUUCAAAGUGCAUUGUUUACUACAGGAGCCUCAAAGAGGGCAUGUUGGUUGUGUUUAAUCAGACAUGAAGGCACCAGGUGGGGCGAUCUGUCCCCUUGUCACCUCACAGCACAGGUCCUGGGUUUGAAUCCGGGUCAGGGCGUUUCUGUUUGGGGUUUGCAUGUUCUCCCUGUGUCUGCAUGGGUUUACUCCAGGUACUCCGGUUUCCUCCCACAUCCCAAAAACAUGCCUAAGUGGGGUUAGGUUAAUUAGCCACUCUCAAAUUUCCCCUAGGUGUGAAUGUGAGCGUGGACGGUUGUUCGUCUCUAUAUGUCAGCGCUGUGAUGAACUGGCGACUUGUCCAGGGUGUUCCCUGCCUUCGCCCGAAGAUGCUGGGAUAAGCCCUGUGACCCUGGGAACGGGAAUAAGCGGUAGAAAAUGGAUGGAUUUUUUGGGGGUAAUUUUUGCCUUUUAUUGAUAGGACAGGGUGAAAUGUGGAGAGAUAGAGAGAGAAUGGGGAGGACAUGCAGCACACGAUCGGGGCCAGACUUGAACCCAGCGACUGCUGCGGGGACUGUGAUCCCCACACAGGGGGCGUACUAACCCGCUCUGCCAUCUGUGUGCCCUGACUGUUGACUUUUGGUGAAAGUCUUAAGCAUAAACAUUUGUUACUACAUGAUGCAGAAACUAAAAUAAAUAUAAUCAUCACUAAUGCUUCAUUCUCCUGGUCUUGUUUUGUCUUGCAGUACUCCAAACAGGUGGACUCCAGGUUUGGGGCGUAUGUGGCCUGUGCCUCCCUGGUUUUUCUCUUCAUCUGCUUCAUCCAGAUUGUCAUCGUGCCUCCGUGAGUUCACUCACUAAUUCAUACCUCGCCGUUAAAAUCUCCCUUUUUGAUAAUUAAAAAAUGAGACGACAGUGAUUUGGCUCCACAGAGCCGAUUCUGUCAUUAGUGUCAUUUAAGCAGCAGCAGGCUGACAGGUGCUGAAAUCAUCCACGCGUCGCCUUUAUGCUAACAUUACCAUCCACUGUCCAAAAUGAUGCGGAGAGUCUGAAGAGUUGGAAAACAAGAACUUUUGAUGCGAGUUAAAACGGAUGAAUCAGUGACAGAGCCUUGGUGUUUGUCUCAAACUUACAUAAGAAAUGAUACAGGAGAGAUCUCACAUCUCAAGGACGGUUUUCACACAAACAUAAGGGGGAUUAUAAAUCUCUCCAGUGAGUCAGAUGUUCAGACAGGCUGUACAUGCAUUGACAGUGUCAGCAAAAAUAUACACACCAAAACAUCUCAUCUGUGAGCUGGAUAGAUUUUACCUUGGACCAUUUCAUUAAAGGUAUUAGUUUGCUGUCUGUCUGUCUGUCUGUCUGUCUGUCUGUCGGAUGAAUCCAUCUUUUGAAUUUUGGAUGCAAUAACGCUGUAACAAUGAUAAACUUGUCAUACUUUGGGAAACUAUUUCACCACCAGACCAAGAAGACUCAUACAGACAACAAAGAGCAUGGAGACAUCAGAAAAACAGAGACUGGCAGCAGAUACACAAUAAACACAGUAAAGGCAAAUGAAACAUGAUUUAAAAGUGGUACAAUAAAAGAUAAGGACAGGAUUAAAUACAACAAAAGCCUGAUAAAAAUGAAUAAAUACUAAAAUAAAUACCUAUACAAACUAAGCAGCAGCGCCAAGUAAGACCCUAACAAUAGACAGAAGUUGUCUAUGCUGAAAAUCCACUUAUCCGAUUCUACAUCAUCAUAAGUCUACGUCCAAAACAAGCAAAAUACAAUAACUACACAGUUAAACCGUCUUUAUCUAUAAUUUCUUAGAUUCAGAUGAGACCCCUUUUUUCAGUGUUGCUUUAGCCCUCACAGUAUCCAUACUAAGUCUUCAAUCUUUUGCCUCGCUCCAGAACGAAUCGAAGUGAAGAAAGUGGACUUUCAUACCACUCUAUGCAGAAUAGAGCAGUAAUAAAAGAAAAUAUCAAAUCAAAAUCCAUGCAGUUUACAGACAGACUCAAGACGCUGCAGGCAAACCCUCUAUCUCUUUAUUUUAUCCCUCCCGCUCUCUCAGACUUUUCUCUCUCCGUCUGUCUCAGUAUUGAUCUUCUUUAGUCGUCUCUUUAUUAACCUUUCUCCACGCUCCUUUCAUCACAACACUCUCCCCUCGUCUUCCUCAGAGCAGCUCCUGUCUUCUUCCUCAACGUCUCCUCUUUCUCUCUUUCUUUCUGUCUGUCUCUCGCUCUCAUUCUCUCUUCGAUAAUUUAAUCAUUUCCCCUGUUACUGAAAUUAAAUAGGCUGAUGCUGCCACUUCAAUAACAGAUGUAUUUACAGAAGUUCACAUAGCGCUUCGACAAACAAGUCGAUCACAAAAUUUAGAAAGGAAAAUAUUAAAGACAUUGAGAGAGGCUGGGAGAUAAUGUGCCGUCGAUAGGAAGUUACGCUUAGAAGACAAAAGAUGUAAGAACGCAAAGUGGAAAAAAGGGUUUGCAUUUAAAGGCAUGAAAUCAAAAGGAAAUGGAUCAGGGAAAAUACAAGUAAUUUAAAGAAACAAAAAAAAAUGUUUGGAAUAGAAAAAUUAAAUAUAGAAAUAUUCAUUAAUAGUCAAAGGAAUCAAAAAAUUCAAAUAAAUCAAAUUGAUGUAAGUAAUAGAAAUAAAAGCAAGAUAAUUUUAUUUGUCGUUACCUCCGCCAAGGAGGUUAUGUUUUCAGUAGCUUUGGUUUGUUUGAUUGUCUAUUAGCAACUUUACGGAGAAAGUUACAGACGAGUUGACCUGAAAUUUUCACCAGAGGUGCGUUUCAGCCCCAGGAGGAUCCCAUUAAAUUUCUGCUGAAAGAUAACCAAUGGGCAGCACAGUGGUGUAGAUAGGUGGCACAGUGGUAUAGUGGUUAGCACUGUCGCCUUACAACCAGAAGGUCCUGGGUUUGAAUCCAGGUCAGGGCAUCUCUUGUUUAAGGGGGGACAUGAGCUGCUUGGCGGAGGUCUGCGCUCUCCGAGUGCUUUUCUAGUUUGUUUUGGGAUGGUGGCGUUUGUUUGUUUCAAUGUUUGUUGGUUUAACAUAUGUAUUCAUUUAGUUUUGAUGUAGGUUUGUUGUGUGUAUUCCUGUACUGUUUGUUUUGUUUUUGUUCUGUUUUUGCGACAUUUGUGUUGGUGUGUAAAUGUUAGUUGUGGUGCAAAAUUAAUAAAAUGCUUAAAUGGAAAGUAAAAAAAAAAAGACAAAUUUAGCAGACUAACAAGCUGCACAAAUUUGAGAAAAAUAUAUAAGUUGCACAUUUGUAAUGGUGAAGUGUGAAACAGAAAUAAACCCUGCCUGUUUCUGUUUGGUCCGCAGCUCCAGUCUGAAGAUCGGCUUCUUCAUCACCUGUUUCAUCAUCCUCACAGCCGUCAUGUUUGUCUCAACCGUGUACUGCUGUUUCGGGGUGAGUUCACUCUACCUCUGAUGAUUCAAAUCACAGAAUAAACCUGUAAUUUUGGUCAGAUCAAACAGGUUUGGUGUUAGAAGAAGACAGAGAGGUUUUUACAGAGAUUUUCCUACACGGACUCAGAUUUGUUAAAUGAUUCUCAGAGAUGUCGUGGUGAACAGAGACGGACUAGUUGGUAUUUCUUCACUCAGAUCUUGGGUUUCAGACAUCACAGAGACAGAUCUGUUGAAUCUUUCAUCAGUCUGGGGUUUUGAUGUUUUCCAGAUGGUGUCAGGAGUUUGAACAUAAUCUGCUCUUGACCUUGCAGCAUGUUUUUUUCUCAGAUGAGUGCUGAUGCAGAGUGCAGGUGGCCCCUUCAGACUCCACUUUAACAGACCACAAUUUUAAAAUCACCAGAGACACACUUGAAAAAUCUCAUCCUUACAGACUGUCAGAUGCUUGUCAGUGCUCUACUACAAAUCUAUCUGUAAAUAACAAAAGAAAGUCCGAAUUGGUUUGAUUUUUAAGGAGGAGAAGGACAGUUCUGGAUAAUCCAUCUCUCCUUUUUUCUUAUAAUUAAUAAAAAUACCCUUAAUAGAUAAAUAAACAUAUCAAUAAGCAGGAUAGUUGAGAUCAUAAACGACUGAGCUUACCUCAAUUCAAUAACUACCCAUUUAAGAAGUGAUUGUUUUUCCUUUUAAGGACAGAUCUGACAAAGUUUGCACUUUUACUUUUUAUACAUCUAUAUGAAGGUGUAAUGUACUGAUUUUCAUCUCCCCCAUCAGUCAAGAGCUCAACCAUUUUUCUCCUGUUUUUGUUGAUAGUAUAAGCCUGAUCUGUAUCUUUGAUGGACUCUAAGAAAAUCAAAGAAAAACAGCAAAUAUGAGUAAAAGUCAGAGCUAACAAGACAAACUCUGGAGUUGUUUGAACUACAUCUGUCUCCCACAAUAUCUGACAUACUUUAAGAGAAAAGUGGAGCUUAUUCUACUGAUGUGACAAAUGUUUUAAGGAAAUGUUUCUUUGUGCACAUCUACUGAACAUAAACACUGAAAACUGAGCUUUGCCUGUCAGUCUAAUAAUUAACAAUACUUAACAAAUGUUACUCAGACUCUGAUCAACAUGAAUUAUUGAAGGAAUAAAGGGGGAAAAAUGCUAAAUCAGGGCGGAUACAUAAAAUAACAUCCCUAACAUUAACAUCCAUCAUGUUCUUCUUCUCCAGCUCUUCCCAGCACCCCUACAGACCCUUUCUAAGAGGAUUGUCCAGUCCAGACUUCACAGCACACUGGUGGGCGUCUUCACCAUCAUCCUCGUCUUUCUUUCUGCCUUCGUCAACAUCGUAAGCUCUCCUUAUACUUCACAUCCCUCAGGGUUUUGUCAAAUUCUAAUUAAAAAAAGACAUACUCUGAUGGGUUGAUUUUUGAAUCACUGAUUCUUACCUUUGACGUGGUUCAGUUCACCUGCAGCAGCCACGAUCUGCGCAGCUGCAUCAGGGAGGAGCUUAACAUCAGUCUGAGCAGUGUGAACGCCUGUCACGCUCACCAUCUCAACUUCAGCCUGGACGCACAAAACUCCACCUGCGGAGGCGCCGCCCUCAUCUGCAGCUUUCCUGAGGUACAGACAUGCUUUUUUUCUGUAUGUGUGUGUUUGUGUGUGUGUGUAUUCACUGUGUAUGCACUUUAGGGUCUCUGAGUCCUGAGCUGUUAGUUGACAGUGAGGUUAUUACAAAUUAGACUUGGACAAAGUACAAAUUCAUUGAUUUAGGUUAUUUCUAAAGCAAUAAUCACCAUGUCUAUUUUUUGACAAGUGUGUUGAUCAGAUAUGUUCUAGAUAUUCAUGCAAUAGCUGAAGACUUAAGGGUCCCUUCAGCUCUGCCACAGAAUGAAUAAAAACCAGCAGCUAAGAAUCAAAUUGAAACACACCAUGUCUUAUCUGAGUUUGGAUGAAGCUUUUGGCUUUGCUUAGUGUUGAAAUAAAACCAGCCAUGUCAUGACAAAACUUGGUACAUAGUCUUCUAAUCAGUCGUCUACUUCAUGGAUGAGAUGAGACUGAUAUAAAUAUAUGUAUACAUAUAUGUAUGUGCGUGUUCAUGCUUGAAUUUGAGCUGAUUCCAACCGGAAGACUGACGUCAGGGGAAAAUUAGUUUAGACAGUUUAGUUUAUUAAUUUAGUUUAUUAGUUUAUUCGGACAGGUUAAAAGAAAAACAAAAUAAAUACAAUAUACAAUGUGCUUUGGCAGAAAAACAAUUAAAGAGACAGCUCUGUAGCAACAUAGACAAUCAUAUUUUGUUCGAAAGGGUUUAGGAUGACGUUGAUAAAACAAAUCUAGUUCUACCCCUUUAUUGUUGUGUUAUUGUAAUUUAAUCGGUCAGAGCAUGUGUAGAAAUAUCAGUUAUAAAUUCAUGUUUCUGUUACAUGAAUUUAUAACACUACAUAAAGAUAAGUUUGAACCUGCCUAGCGAUCUGCAGGUUUUCAUUUCUUUGCUGCAACUGUUCCACAGAUUAACUCCUUUGAUUGAUAUACGGUGCAUUUUUUGUGUUUGUACGUACAGGUUGUUUUUUGAAAAUGCAUACUCCCCUGAGAAAAUAGCCACUUUAGGAUCAUUCUUCCUUGAAUUAAAGCAAACAGAAAUAUUCAGGGUGACAUAACAAUGCCCCUGUAAUUGAUCGUUUGCUUCCUAAUUCCUGUGCUUUAAUUCUAGCAGUAGCAGAGCAAAUGGAUACUAAGUGAGGCUAAUUGUUGGUUUAUAUGUCAACAUUUGGCUUGCACAGUUACCUUUAAGUGGUCAAAUUGUAGUUUUAUUGCACUUUAUUAUACUUCUAGAUGUGACUCAUUUACUCAGAGCCAUUUGAAACAGGAAAUAAAGCCUCGAUACCAAACAUAAAAGCAAAUGUACCUUUUCUAACAACCCCUCUUUCUGUCCCUCUUCCUCAGUACUUCUCAUCCUGCGUUCUGCUCAGCCUCCUGGCCUGCUCCGUCUUCCUGCAGGUCAGCAGCAUCGGUAAACUCUUCCUCAUGCUCUUCAUCGAGCUGCUCUACCUCCUCGUCAUGGAGGUGCCCGAAGUGAGCCUCUUUGACAACCAGGACCUUCUGGUGAUGGCUAACGCUGUCAAUAUAGUGUAAGUCCAGUCAUUACAGGUCUACGCCAGUUAUGUCCAAAUGCAUGCUUUCAUUCUUUCCACUGAUUGGCUCUCCUCUGUUCUUCCCCACAGUGAGCGAAUCAACGGAACAAGGUGAGCGUGAUGUCUGUGAUCUAAUUUAGCUAACAGGGUCAUUAUCACUCUACUAGCGCAAAUGUAAAUAUAAUGGCCCGCCGGCAACAGAUGCUAACACUAAUGAGCUGAGAUUUGGAGCUAGCUUGAUUUGUGCCCCUGCAAAGUGCAUCUUAAAACCCAUCCAGUAGAUCUUUAUGUAACACCUGUAUGUUUAAAAGCCUCAGCACUCAGCAUUGAAAAAAACCUCAUGUGUGUUUUGACCUCCAGCUGUGUGAUAGACAACAAGGUUCCUCUGAAGAUAAUGACCCCGGUCGUCAUCACUGUCUUCGUCCUCGCCCUCUACCUCCAUGCACAGCAGGUGGAGUCUACAGCCAGACUAGACUUCCUAUGGAAGCUACAGGUCAGUGCGUGUUUAAGUGUGUGUGAAGACGCGUUACAAGACAAAAAGCUGGUCCCUGCAAUAUCAAUAAUCAACCGCUAUCUGCAAUAAACUAAUAAUCGCCACUUACUUGUUGAAGAAGAUGUGGGUGCCAGGGGUGGAUUCAGAUAAUAGCCUAGGGGUGCCCAAACCCUGGCCCCCCUUCCUGAAAUUUGAUGAUAUAUAUAUGUAUUUUUUCUUUCUUUAUUUAGAAGGGACAGCGCAUAUUAAUGAACAUAUAAAUGUAAAUAUGCCGUAAACUGACACACAUCAAUGCACCAAUGACAAAAAAUAAAAUUAAAUUAAAUAAAUAAAUAAAAAAUGGACACUGAUUUUCUAAAAUAUUAUGUUUGCUUUAGCAUAGAUCAGACUUCUGUUACAAAUAGCUAGUUUGGCCACUAGCUGUUAUAAAUGUGAUGUAAGAUAAGAUAAGAUAUUCCUUUAUUAGUCCCACAGGACUGAUAAAGGGACAGGAAAGUUCCAAGUUUACAGCAACAUAAAAACAAAAAGAGAAAUUAAAGGUUGAAGAAACUUAGAAGAGUUAAAAAAGAUAUAUUCAUGAAUGUUAUUUACAGCUGUUACGUACAGUUUUGGAAAAAAAGUUGGAAAAUUUGAGAUACUUAUAUGUUUGACUAAACACACAAAAUAUGCACGUCUGUACAGAACAUAUAUAUAUAUAUAUAUAUAUUAUACAUACAAUAAUAAGAAUAUAAACUGUAUAUAUGUGCUGCUUCCUUUGCAAUUCAGUGCAGUGCUUUCACUGUUGGUAUUUCAAACUGUAUCUUUAAACAAAUAUCUUCAUUUUUUAUUAAGAUAAUGCUCUUAUUAGUUGCUGCUUUGUUACUUUUUAACUUAUAUUCCUAUUUUAUGGUAUUUUUGCAAUUAAUCUCAUACUAAUUUAAGAAAUAAUGUGAAAUAAAUGAGGCAGUGAUUUUUUAACCAACAGAGCCCUCCAUUUUAUGAUGACACGAUUUUUAUUUUGUUGUCACUAAUUGAUGCUAUGAGAGAGCAGGCUUCGACUUGCAAGAAAUGACUAGAACCCAUCUCCGUUGUAAACAGGCCACAGAGGAGAAGGAGGAAAUGGAGGAGCUUCAGGCCUACAACCGUCGCCUCCUCCACAACAUCCUCCCCAAAGACGUGGCCGCUCACUUCCUACAACGAGAGCGGCGUAACGACGAGCUCUACUACCAAUCCUGUGAGUGUGUGGCGGUCAUGUUCGCCUCCAUCAGUAACUUCUCGGAGUUCUACGUGGAGCUGGAGGGAAACAACGAGGGAGUGGAGUGUCUGAGGCUGCUGAACGAGAUCAUCGCUGAUUUUGACGAGGUAAGAUGUGACAAACGCAGGAAAAAGUGAAGUUUGUGUGAGAGAAUCAGGGGCUUUUUGUUUGUCUAAUCAAGCCGAGGGACCCUUUUUCAAAAAGUUCAGGGGAAUACUAUGAAACCGUUUUUCUAGUGAAGCUAACAAAGUAAUAGAAUUCUCCCUAGUCUUGAUUUGAGAGCAAAUUACGAGUUAUUUGACUUAUUUAAAGAAAGACCAUUCAUCAACAGACCAAUUCAGCAGUCUUAUAAAGAAUCAGGAGUCAUUUUCAAGAAAAGGACGUCAAAUAGCUUUUAAAAUCUCUACCUUACGGGUUAGAAAUUGUUCUCCUUCCACUCUCAGAUCAUCAGUGAGGACCAGUUCCGUCAGCUGGAGAAGAUUAAGACCAUCGGCUCCACCUACAUGGCGGCCUCAGGGCUCAACGACUCCACGUAUGAUAAAGCGGGGCGCUCUCACAUCCGGGCUCUGGCUGACUACGCAAUGAGGCUCAUGGACCAGAUGAAGUACAUCAAUGAGCACUCCUUCAACAACUUCAAGAUGAAAAUAGGUGAGCUGCAGAUGCUGGUGGAGUCAAGAUUCUUACAGAUUCAUAUAAAUGAAAGAAGCUGGUAAUCUUUGAGGAGUUAGACUCGUAUAAGAGCCAUGUUGGUGCUGAAGAGAGUAAGAUGCUGCUAUCUGCCAACCCUCUGCGUCUAAAUCAGUUUGUUUGGCUGUCAAAAGAAUUCGCUUUAUGUCCUUUCUUAGGUCUUAACAUGGGCCCUGUGGUUGCCGGGGUGAUCGGGGCCAGAAAGCCUCAGUACGACAUCUGGGGGAACACAGUGAACGUGGCGAGUCGAAUGGACAGCACAGGUGUACCGGAGAGGAUCCAGGUAAACUGAAGAGUGCCAAAUUUUUGAGAGAACAGAAAAUAUCAUUUGGCAUCGUGGGGUUUUUUAUCAAUCAGUUUUGAUCAAAAACUAGAAAUUGUAUCUAAUGUGAAUAAGCUCUGCAUAAAUUCACACAUGGAUCCUGGCAAGAAUUAGACACCUUCUUGUCAAGUUAAUGAAAAAUCCGGUUCAUCAAAAAAUGCCACACUGGGUUCAUUCAAAGCUCGGGGGGACUGAAGAAACUCUUUCUUUUCGUCUCAUCUGUUGCCAGAAACCAUUAACACCAGAGCAAAUAGAAACCAAGGCUUGAAGAAUGAUGAAUAGAAAACUGAGCAAGCAACAGCAUGACAUGAAGCAGCUCAGCUGUGGAAAAUAGUAAUCACAGUUUACAAAAAAAACAACUAGAGAAAAUAUUGAAAACAGAAAAAAAAGGCUUGUGUUAUUAAUGUUCAGUGCUCCUUCAGCAUCGGCUGUUUUAUGUGACUAUGAUCGCUGAUCUCUGCUGAAAUGCCUCAAUUGUUUUCAUGAAUGUGUUAAUCAGUGUUGCAUUUUUAUCACCAACCAAUCGAAAUCAAGAAGGGGUGGGACUUAGGGUAUCAACUUUCUUUAUAACAACAGUGAAGGUCCCUAAGAAAGAGACGCUUACCACUUUUGUUUUUAGGAGGUACAGUACCGAUUUGACAGGAUAGCUGCAGUUUUUACAUUUUCUCAAAAGUUUUAGUGGAAAUAUGAAGCUGAGCAUUUCAUCUAAUAGUCUUAAUAGUAGGGGUGGAAGAAAAAAAUCGAUACAGCAUGGUAUCGCAAUAUUUUGUCUGGUUUAUCGUAUCGUCUCAUUUACCAAAAAUUGAUUUUUCAAAUUAUUUGUUCAUAUGAAGUCAAAUUUAUGAUAAUGAAAAAAUAAAAUCAACUGCUUGUCCAGUGAAGUUGGCAGAGGUGACAUCGUAGAGCAGGAGGACAUUAGUGCAACAAAUAUAGCAGCACCUGGAGAAAGACAUUAGGAAUGCAACAGGGCCCAAAUGAGAUGGACUUGGUACAUUAGGUUUGCAAGAUGUGCUACAUGAAUAUAAAAUAAAGUGUAAAUAAGACAAAUAUAAAGGAAAGACAAAUGCUAAAUUAGCUUAACAGUUGAAAAAAUUGUAUAAAUCGCAAUGGUAUCGUAUCAUGGCCCAAGUAUCAUCAUAAUAUCGUAUUGUGGGGCCACUGGUGAUUCCCACCCCUACUUAAAGCAUGUAAUGGACACUGGCCCUAACUUGCAUAAGGUUUUGUAUUUUGCGCCAAAAAUCAAAUCAAAUUUUUAAAAAAGUAAUAAUAAUAAAGGGAGACCUCUUCAUGAUGUUCCUUUCUUCUUCUGUCCUCAGGUAACAGCAGACCUGCACCAGGUACUGAGCUCCUAUAACUACACAUUGGAGUACAGAGGCGUGGUCACAGUCAAGGGCAAAGGGGAGAUGAUGACGUAUUUCCUCACGGCUGGACCACCCAGCAGUUAACCCCGACUGAAGCCCGUUUUAGAGACAAAUCACAACCCAACAUGACAAGCAGGCUCAAGGACCUCUGGUAGCUUGCUGCGGACUGAGACUGACUCAAGUGUCGCUUCUUAAAGCGCCAGCACCUACCGAGGCCAGGACAGGGACGGAUGAUAAAAAUCCCCCCCUAAAGCUCAGCCUGUGGAGGAGACUAUCAGCGGCACAAUCUGCCACUGAGACCAAAGAUGUGCAAUUAAGGUGUGCAGACAGAUUUUGCCGGCUGUGCAAAUCGAGAUCCUUAAGGACUGUGUUCUUGAAUGGAUUAAAUUUACAUUGCUGAAGGUUCAGAGGAGAAACCUGGACAUGAACUACAUCACCUCCUCUCUUUCUCUUUGCCUUUCUCCUGCUGAAGUUUAUAUGUACAUGUAAAACACAGAGUUUUAUGUGUAUGGAUAUGAUUUUAAAGUACUGUAUGCGAAACACAUGUUCUCUAUAACGUCUUGAUACAGGUACAAAACUCUGAAGAGUGGACACUCAGCCAGCAGCACAGCACUACGCUCUUUUGAAAUAUCAGAUCAUAUUGACAAACAGAUUAAAGGAGGCAGUAAGUUGAAGUGUGUGUCUUUAAGAGAGUUUAGAGGUUGUUUGAGAGGAUUGAGUGCCCCACAGUGUUUACAGAAAGUGUCAGAUCAGGACAAUUCACAAACGUACACUACAGUAUCGUCAGCAUAUACACACACCAAACAUAAAGAGGAUGUCACUUAAGAGCUUUUUCUAUUCUUCGACGUUUUGUAUUUUGACUCCAGAACACCAAACCCUAUCAGAUAUUUUAAGAAUUUAUAUUUUCUACAUUAAUAUAUUAGAGAGCUAUCUAUAAACACCAAUGUGUAUUCAGAUGUACCAACUGUAUCACUCUCAUGUCGGAGCUUCAGAGGUCCUCACAGGUGUCUAAUCUGAGGGAGGUCCUAUUUAGCCCAUCAGAACGCCUGCUUUCCCUGCUCUUUUCACAAAAAUGAGCUCUUUUGAUCUGCAGGAAGUCAAACGUUUCAACUGAUUCCCCUUCACUGGUCUGUUUGAAUCUCACGUCGAGAAGGAAAUGUCAAAGCGAGUGAGUGCACUCUAUGAAAGACAGACUAGAAGGCAGCAGUAGAGAAGUCUCUUUUGCACUCCAGUGCAUCCAGCCGUCCACUCCUUCUCGCGUCGCUCCACCCCUGCCUCCCCUCUUGCUUGCUCAAUCAGAUGGUACGACCCAUUGAAUGUCUAAUGAUCUCCGAUGAGGCCUUUAAUAUGAACUCUGUACUGACGAUGGUGAUGAUGCUCAUCCUAUAGAUUGGGACUGCUGAGCACAUGUGGAAGUGUGUCCUUUUAUCUGCUGUUUUUGGUUUCGUUUGUUCUGAUCAGAGCAGUUUUCUUCAGUAUUACAGCAUCUCUCCACAUUAUCAAACUAUCUGUCUGUCACCUUGCUGACUUUUUAGGUUUCUGUGAUGUUCUUACCAAACAUUACAGCUGGUUCUGUUUGUCUCAUUUGGGUCACAGAGAGCAAAAAACAUCUAGACAGAGUUUGUCAAGUUUUUGUGAAGAUAAUGAAAAAGUCAAAAUUCAUGGUGUACUUUUCCAGCUUCAAAACUUUAUUCUAAAGCUCCUAUGAGGGGCUUUUUGUUAGCGUUGAUUUUGGCGCCCCUUGUGGUCAAAGUUAUACCUCUGUGGAUCUUCUGUAUCCUUUCAACUUCUUCAGUCAGUUUCAUAGCCAUCAAAAAACUCCUCAAAGGAGCUUUAAACUCACUUUACUAAAAUGUAGCACAGAGGAAAACCUCAUAGACAGACUUUAGACAUCACAAAAUGUUUAUAUCUAAAUUAUUAAUUUAACCCAGUGAAACAAAAGGGCUGCAUGGGACAGAACUGAAAGAUGUAGAUGAGUUUGCUGGACACUUUAUGGAUACAUUUGGUCCUCUCGAGGGACAUAUAAAAAAGAUCAGCACCGUCAACAUUACUGAAGACUUAUUUGUUUAGUUUUUGUUCCUGGUUUCAUAAGAAGAACUUGACUCUCUGUCCAAAUGUUUGCUGUGAGCCUGCGGUAAGAAAACAAGCUUGCACUGGUCUUCUCUGGUGGUUUCUCUGUUAAUGUACUGUACUGCUGCAACCAUUGCUUUUUACACACCACCACUCCAUGUUUUAAUUGUCCUCCCGCUUGACUCAUUGAAGGCAGUGCCAUUGUAAGCUCGAAGUGAGCCCCCUUUUCUACUGAUGAUUGCAGGAAUGUGCCAUUGUGGGUUUUACAGAUGGCACUGAACAGAUCUGGUUAGAGACUGUCAGUUUAAAGAGAAGCUCACUACUUUCUACUUCAUGAUGAAUCUUAUAAGGGGAGAAGGUGAAGCAGAACUUGACCAACAGCUCAAGAGACAAAACAGGGGUUGUAUUUGUUGUCAUGCCAAACACUAUGCUCUUUUUUUUUUUUUUUUUUACAGUCAAAUAAACUCCUGAGAUGUUUCACAGGUAUGUUAUGAUA